AUGGAUGACAAGGCCUCGGUGGGGAAAGUUAGCGUGUCGUCCGACUCAGUGUCCACCCUGAACAGUGAGGACUUUGUGCUGGUGUCGCGGCUGGGGGACGACACCCCAGGCUCCUCCAUUAAUAACGGUAGCGAUGACGAAAAGACAGGACUGAAGGUAAGACAAAAGAAAGAGUGCCUGGGUGAGUGGACAGAAUCCUAACAUGCCUGGUCCCAAUUCACUCACGCCCUUCCCUUUCACCUAUAGCCUGGGUGCCAGUCUGUUGCUGCUCUCUUGACAACUCCUUAUGGAAAUUGUCAUGCCAAACAUUGCUUGGCUUGACAAUGACAAAUGGAGUAGACAAACAGAUCUGGGACCAGGCCCUAAGCCCCUACCUAACCCUGUGAUGUUUGCACUGCAGAUCUGAAGUUCCUGGGUAGGUGUAGGCCUAAGCAAUGCAGUGAUGGAGUUUUUUUAAUGUAACAUUUAUUUUGACAGGGAGUCAUGCUGAUACCAAGGUCUCUUUGACAGAUGAGCCCUGUAAUUACACAAAUAUGCACAAAAAUAUACACAUCAAUACACUUUAAGUGGAUGGGGACAUUGCCCUGUGUAGGGUGCCGUCUUUCGGAUGGGACGUUAAACGGGUGUCCUGACUCUCUGUGGUAAUUUAAAGAUCCAAUGGCACUUAUCGUAAGGGUAGGGGUGUUAACCCCAUUGACCAUGCUAAAUUCCCUUAUACCGUCAUGGCCACCUGAUCAUCCCCAGCUUCCAUUUGGCUCAUUCAUUCCCGCUCCUUUCCCCUGUAACUAUUCCCCAGGUUGUUGCUGUAAAUGAGAAUAUGUUCUCAGUCAACUUACCUGGUAAAAUAAGGGUAAAAUAAAGAAAGAAAACUAUGAAAAGCUAAACAGAGACAUAAACAUAGAAAACAAACACAUUCUUCAGUGAAAUGGUCCUCAAUGAGCCAUCUGAAUGGUCCUCAAUGAGCCAUCUGAAUGGUCCUCAGUGAGCCAUCUGAAUGGUCCUCAAUGAGCCAUCUGAAUGGUCCUCAAUGAGCCAUCUGAAUGGUCCUCAAUGAGCCAUCUGAAUGGUCCUCAAUGAGCCAUCUGAAUGGUCCUCAAUGAGCCAUCUGAAUGGUCUUCAGUGAGCCAUCUGAAUGGUCCUCAAUGAGCCAUCUGAAUGGUCCUCAGUGAGCCAUCUGAAUGGUCCUCAAUGAGCCAUCUGAAUGGUCUUCAGUGAGCCAUCUGAAUGGUCCUCAAUGAGUCAUCUGAAUGGUCUUCAGUGAGCCAUCUGAAUGGUCCUCAAUGAGCCAUCUGAAUGGUCUUCAGUGAGCCAUCUGAAUGGUCCUCAAUGAGCCAUCUGAAUGGUCUUCAGUGAGCCAUCUGAAUGGUCUUCAGUGAGCCAUCUGAAUGGUCCUCAGUGAGCCAUCUGAAUGGUCCUCAGUGAGCCAUCUGAAUGGUCCUCAGUGAGCCAUCUGAAUGGUCCUCAAUGAGCCAUCUGAAUGGUCCUCAGUGAGCCAUCUGAAUGGUCUUCAGUGAGCCAUCUGAAUGGUCCUUAAUGAGCCAUGUGAAUGGUCUUCAAUGAGCCAUCUGAAUGGUCCUCAAUGAGCCAUCUGAAUGGUCCUCAAUGAGCCAUCUGAAUGGUCUUCAGUGAGCCAUCUGAAUGGUCCUCAAUGAGCCAUCUGAAUGGUCUUCAGUGAGCCAUCUGAAUGGUCCUCAAUGAGCCAUCUGAAUGGUCUUCAGUGAGCCAUCUGAAUGGUCCUCAGUGAGCCAUCUGAAUGGUCCUCAAUGAGCCAUCUGAAUGGUCCUCAGUGAGCCAUCUGAAUGGUCCUCAAUGAGCCAUCUGAAUGGUCUUCAGUGAGCCAUCUGAAUGGUCCUCAAUGAGCCAUCUGAAUGGUCUUCAAUGAGCCAUCUGAAUGGUCCUCAAUGAGCCAUCUGAAUGGUCUUCAGUGAGCCAUCUGAAUGGUCCUCAGUGAGCCAUCUGAAUGGUCCUCAAUGAGCCAUCUGAAUGGUCUUCAGUGAGCCAUCUGAAUGGUCCUCAAUGAGCCAUCUGAAUGGUCCUCAAUGAGCCAUCUGAAUGGUCCUCAAUGAGCCAUCUGAAUGGUCCUCAAUGAGCCAUCUGAAUGGUCUUCAGUGAGCCAUCUGAAUGGUCCUCAAUGAGCCAUCUGAAUGGUCUUCAAUGAGCCAUCUGAAUGGUCUUCAGUGAGCCAUCUGAAUGGUCCUCAAUGAGCCAUCUGAAUGGUCUUCAAUGAGCCAUCUGAAUGGUCUUCAGUGAGCCAUCUGAAUGGUCUUCAGUGAGCCAUCUGAAUUGCCCUAAAGGCACCAAAUCAUCCAAUUUGAGAGUUUUGGAGAUUAUUCCACAAGUUCCACAGCAUGCACAUCACUGACAACCUGAAAUGGUCACUUCACACAGACGGCGUGGUGAAGAAGCGCCUCUUCAACCUCAGGAGGCUGAAGAAAUGUGUCUUGGUCCCUAAGACCCUCACGAGCUACUACAGACACACCAUUGAGGACAUCAUGUCAGGCUGUACACCGCCUGGUACGGAAAUAGCACUGUCCCCAACCGCAGGGCUCUCCAGUUCUAGAUGGUACCCACCCGGUCCUCCACCCUGCACCUUAGUGACUGCUGCCCUGAACACAUUGAACACUGGUCACUUUAAUAAUGUUUACAUACUGUUUCCACCACUUUAUAUGUAGAUACUGUAUUCUAGUCAUGGCUCCUCCUAUAUAACUUUUUCCUCUUUUUAUUUUUUCUUGAUUAUGUGUGUAUUGUUUUUUUUUUUAUUGCUAGGUAUUACUGCACUGUUGGAGCUAGAAACACAAGCAUUUAGCUAGGUGUUACUGCACUGUUGGAGCUAGAAACACAAGCAUUUAGCUAGGUGUUACUGCACUGUUGGAGCUAGAAACACAAGCAUUUAGCUAGGUGUUACUGCACUGUUGGAGCUAGAAACACAAGCAUUUAGCUAGGUGUUACUGCACUGUUGGAGCUAGAAACACAAGCAUUUAGCUAGGUGUUACUGCACUGUUGGAGCUGGAAACACAAGCAUUUAGCUAGGUGUUACUGCACUGUUGGCGCUAGAAACACAAGCAUUUAGCUAGGUGUUACUGCACUGUUGGAGCUAGAAACACAAGCAUUUAGCUAGGUAUUACUGCACUGUUGGCGCUAGAAACACAAGCAUUUAGCUAGGUGUUACUGCACUGUUGGAGCUAGAAACACAAGCAUUUAGCUAGGUGUUACUGCACUGUUGGAGCUAGAAACACAAGCAUUUAGCUAGGUGUUACUGCACUGUUGGAGCUAGAAACACAAGCAUUUAGCUAGGUGUUACUGCACUGUUGGAGCUAGAAACACAAGCAUUUAGCUAGGUGUUACUGCACUGUUGGAGCUAGAAACACAAGCAUUUAGCUAGGUGUUACUGCACUGUUGGAGCUAGAAACACAAGCAUUUAGCUAGGUGUUACUGCACUGUUGGAGCUAGGUAUUAUUGCACUGUUGGAGCUAGAAACACAAGCAUUUAGCUAGGUGUUACUGCACUGUUGGAGCUAGAAACACAAGCAUUUAGCUAGGUGUUACUGCACUGUUGGAGCUAGAAACACAAGCAUUUAGCUAGGUGUUACUGCACUGUUGGAGCUAGAAACACAAGCAUUUAGCUAGGUGUUACUGCACUGUUGGAGCUAGAAACACAAGCAUUUAGCUAGGUGUUACUGCACUGUUGGAGCUAGAAACACAAGCAUUUAGCUAGGUGUUACUGCACUGUUGGAGCUAGAAACACAAGCAUUUAGCUAGGUGUUACUGCACUGUUGGAGCUAGAAACACAAGCAUUUAGCUAGGUGUUACUGCACUGUUGGAGCUAGGUAUUAUUGCACUGUUGGAGCUAGAAACACAAGCAUUUAGCUAGGUAUUACUGCACUGUUGGAGCUAGAAACACAAGCAUUUAGCUAGGUGUUACUGCACUGUUGGAGCUAGAAACACAAGCAUUUAGCUAGGUAUUACUGCACUGUUGGAGCUAGAAACACAAGCAUUUAGCUAGGUGUUACUGCACUGUUGGAGCUGGAAACACAAGCAUUUAGCUAGGUGUUACUGCACUGUUGGAGCUAGAAACACAAGCAUUUAGCUAGGUAUUACUGCACUGUUGGAGCUAGAAACACAAGCAUUUAGCUAGGUGUUACUGCACUGUUGGAGCUAGAAACACAAGCAUUUAGCUAGGUGUUACUGCACUGUUGGAGCUAGGUAUUAUUGCACUGUUGGAGCUAGAAACACAAGCAUUUAGCUAGGUAUUACUGCACUGUUGGAGCUAGAAACACAAGCAUUUAGCUAGGUGUUACUGCACUGUUGGAGCUAGAAACACAAGCAUUUAGCUAGGUAUUACUGCACUGUUGGAGCUAGAAACACAAGCAUUUAGCUAGGUGUUACUGCACUGUUGGAGCUGGAAACACAAGCAUUUAGCUAGGUGUUACUGCACUGUUGGAGCUAGAAACACAAGCAUUUAGCUAGGUAUUACUGCACUGUUGGAGCUAGAAACACAAGCAUUUAGCUAGGUGUUACUGCACUGUUGGAGCUAGAAACACAAGCAUUUAGCUAGGUAUUACUGCGCUGUUGGAGCUAGAAACACAAGUAUUUAGCUAGGUAUUACUGCGCUGUUGGAGCUAGAAACACAAGCAUUUAGCUAGGUGUUACUGCACUGUUGGAGCUAGAAACACAAGCAUUUAGCUAGGUGUUACUGCACUGUUGGAGCUAGAAACACAAGCAUUUAGCUAGGUGUUACUGCACGGUUGGAGCUAGAAACACAAGCAUUUAGCUAGGUGUUACUGCACUGUUGGAGCUAGAAACACAAGCAUAUUGCUAGGUGUUACUGCAUUGUUGGAGCUAGGUAUUACUGCACUGUUGGAGCUAGAAACACAAGCAUUUAGCUAGGUAUUACUGCACUGUUGGAGCUAGAAACACAAGCAUUUAGCUAGGUGUUGCUGCCUUGUUGGAGCUAGAAACACAAGCAUUUAGCUAGGUAUUACUGCACUGUUGGAGCUAGAAACACAAGCAUUUAGCUAGGUAUUACUGCACUGUUGGAGCUAGAAACACAAGCAUUUAGCUAGGUGUUACUGCACUGUUUGAGCUAGAAACACAAGCAUUUAGCUAGGUGUUACCGCACUGUUGGAGCUAGAAACACAAGCAUUUAGCUAGGUGUUACUGCACUGUUGGAGCUAGGUAUUACGGCACUGUUGGAGCUAGAAACAUAAGCAUUUCGCUGCACCUGCGAUAACAUCUGCAAAUCAGUAUACGCAACCAAUAAAAUUUGAUUUGAUUUGAAGAAAGCCUAACUAUAUUGCUUAGGCCGGUCCUACCCCUUGCAGAUCUGCAAAGUGCAAACAAAAAAAGGGUUAAAGCCAAGGGGAAGGGAUGGGGAGCGAAUUGGGACAGGUGUGUGGAACAUUCUGUCUUGAUAGUCAACUCACCUGAAUAUCAAGGCCUCAAUCAGUGACUGAUUGAAAUGUAACUGUAACCGCAUCAAUGCAGCAUCACACUAUCAGUAGCAGAAACGUCUGCCUUCUCCGACCACUGAUGUUAAACUACCAUGGAAUUCAGUGUCAAAUCACCCUAUUUGACUAAAGCUCUCAUUCCCCUUCCAAUGCACGCACUCACUCACUCUCAUACUUUAGCUAAUCAUCUGAGAAACCCAUUCCAUGCUUUGCCCUUAUUAACUUAUCCUCACCAACUACAACUAGGCUACCUCCUCUGUUAAGACUUCAAUAUUUGUCCUCCCAUUUGUUUGUUGUGGAUAUAGGCCUACUGUUUAUUAGGGCUGUGACGGUCAUGGAAUUUUGGAUGACUGCGGCCUCCGUAAUAACCGCUUGAAUAGCAAAAAUUAAAUAACAAAUAUUUUUUAGGCGCACAUGUUCUCCUUUCCUCCGCUCCUGACUGCAUGUGCUGCCAUUAGAAAUAGAAUGACUAGAACGGGCGUCCCCGUUCAAAUCAAUAAUGGCAUAAUGGGUGGACUGGCGGCCAUUGUGAGUGUACCCAUAGGAGCAAAGCAGGAAGUGUACCCAUCCAUAUGUGCUGUGAUUUGUUGAUUCAACUCAACUGACAUUACAAAAAAUACAUUCCAUUGCAUGAGCCACAUCAUUUAAAAUCAUUUGAAUGAAAAUUCUACAUUACCAUGGAAAUUAUUGCAUCACAAUACCAGGCAGCCAUUGUGAGUGUACCUAUGAGUUUACCAGUGAAAUUGCCAAGGUUAGAGGUUCCAAGCCCAUUCUAUUCAUCGUUUGCUACAACACCUUGCUUGUUUCAGCAAGGGGCAACAAAGUUUCAUCACACUGUUACGAGUCCAUGUUAUCGCAGAAACGGACUCAACCGUACGAAUGCGUGGCUGUCCCGUCUUCAGUCAGCAGUUUAUUUGGGGGGGGGGAAUGGUUAGAGAUUUGUUUUUUUUUGGGGGGGGGGGGGGUGGGGGGGGGGGGUGGGUUUAUGACAGUUAUUUUAUUUUCAUGACGGUCUUUAUCCAUAACCGUCGGUUACACGGUUAUACAGUAAUUGUGCCAGCCCUACUGUCCAUGUGGGUCUGUACCAUUUAAGCAACUGUCUAAGGGAAAGCUAGCCUUCAGUACAUUUUCAUUAGCCUAUAUUCAGUGUCAGUACAGCGCAUCCAUUAAGAGGAGAGGAAGCCAAUGAUGUACUGUAAAUAAACAUGAAUACACUGUACUCUAUGUAUGUCUAUGGAGGAAGCUGCUGAGGGCAGAGAUUCAGGAGGAUGGAUGGAGCUUCUUCAUCACUCCUGUGUGUCUCUAUGGUGUCAGGUUGCCUGGGCUGGGUGAGGGAAUUAUUGUCCAUUUAAGAUUUUCAUCUUUCUCUCUCCCCCUCUCUCUCUUUCUGUCUUUGUCCCUGUGUCUCUUUCCCACUCUCUCUGUCUCACUCUCCAUGCUAACAAACACUUACUGUACAGGUUAUCAGGCUGUAGGUCACAUCCCAGUGAUCACAAGUCAUUCUGGCAGUCUUCUGUGUAUUUAUCGCCUAAUGUUUAUAAAAUAUACAGUACCAGUCAAAGGUUUGGACACCUACUAAUUCCAGGGUUUUUCUUCAUUAUUACAAUUUUUUACAUUGUAGAAUAAUAGUGAAGACAUCAAAACUAUGAAAUAACACAUAUGGAAUCAUGUAGUAACCAAAAAAGUGUUAAACAAAUCUAAAUAUAUUUUAUAUUUGAGAGUAGCCACACUUUGCCUUGAUGCCAGCUUUGCACACUCUUGGCAUUCUCUCAACCAGCUGCAUGAGGUAGUCACCUGGAAUGCAUUUCAAUUAACAGGUGUGCCUUGUUAAUUUGUGGAAUUUCUUUCCUUCUUAAUGCAUUUGAGCCUGUCCGUUGUGUUGUGGCAAGGUCGGGUUGGUAUACAGAAGAUGGCCCUAUUAGAUAAAAGACCAAGUCCAUAUUAUGGCAAGAACAGCUCAAAUAAGCAAAGAGAAACGACAGUCCAUCAUUACUUUAAGACAUGAAGGUCAGUCAAUUCCGGAAAAUUUCAAGAACUUUGAAAGUUUCUUCAAGUGCAGUUUCAAAAAAAUAUCAAGCGCUAUGAUGAAACUGGCCCUCAUGAGGACCGCCACAGGAAAGGAAGACCCAGAGUUACCUCAUGUGCAGAGGAUAAGUUCAUUAGUUACCAGCCUCAGAAAUUGCAGCCCAAAUAAAUGCUUCACAGAGUUCAAGUAACAGACACAUCUCAACAUCAACUGUUCAGAGGAGACUGCGUGAAUCAGGCCUUCAUGGUCGAAUUGCUGCAAAGAAACUGCUACUAAAGGACACCAAUAAGAAGAAGAGACUUGCUUGGGCCAAGAAACACGAGCAAUGGACAUUAGACCGGUGGAAAUCUGUCCUUUGGUCUGAUGAGUCCAAAUUUGAGAUGUUUGGUUCCAACCGCCGUGUCCUUGUGAAAUGCAGAGUAGGUUAACGAUGAUCUUCGCAUGUGUGGUUCCCACCGUGAAGCAUGGAGGAGGAGGUGUGAUGGUGUGGGGGUGCUUUGCCGGUGACACUGUCAGUGAUUUAUUUAGAAUUCAAGCACACUUAACCAGCAUGGCUACCACAGCAUUCUGCAGCGAUACGCCAUCCCAUCUGGUUUGUGCUUAGUUGGACUAUCAUUUGUUUUUUAACAGGAAAAUGACCGAACACACCUCCAGGCUGUGUAAGGGCUAUAUGACCAAGGAGAGUGAUGGAGUGCUGCAUCAGAUGAUCUGGCCUCCACAAUCACCCGACCUCAACCCAAUUGAGAUAGUUUGGGAUGAGUUGGACCGAAGAGUGAAGGAAAAGCAGCCAACAAGUGCUCAGCAUAUGUGGGAACUCCUUCAAGACUGUUGGAAAAGCAUUCCAGGUGAAGCUGGUUGAGAGAAUGCCAAGAGUGUGCAAAGCUGUCAAGGCAAAGGGUGGCUACUUUGAAAAAUCUAAAAUCUAUUUUGAUUUGUUUAACACUUUUUUGGUUACUACAUGAUUCCAUAUGUGUUAUUUCAUAGUUUUGAUGUCUUCACUAUUAUUCUACAAUUUAGAAAAUAGUAAAAAUAAAGAAAAACCCUUGAAUGAGUAGGUGUGUCCAAACUUUUGACUGGUACUGUAUACAGUGCAUUCGGAAAGUAUUCCCUCAUCAAUCUACACACAAUACCCCAUAAUGACGGGCGGCAGGUAGCUUAGUGGUUAAGAGCGUUCUAAUCCCCGAGCCGACUAGGUGAAAAAUCUGUCUGUGCCCUUGCGCAAUGCACUUAACCCUAAUUGCUCAUGUAAGUCGCUCUGGAUAAGAGCGUCUGCUAAAUGACUAAAAUGUAAACAAAAAAAAAAAAGGGGGGGUUUUGGGUUUCCCCCCCCCGGGGGGGGGGUUUUUUUUGGGGGGGGGCCCCCCCUUUUUUUUAAAAACCCAAAACCCCCCAAAAAAAAUUUUAAAAAAAAAACCCCCUUUUUUUUUUUUUUGGGAAAAAAAAAGGGAAAAAAUUUAAAGGGUUGGGGCCCCCAAAAUUUUGGGUGGCCCCGGGGGGCCCCCCCUUCCCCCCCUUUUUUUUUUUAAAAGGUUUCCCCAAAAGGGGAAAAAAAAAUUUUUAAAAAAAAUUUUUUUUUUGUUUUGGAAGGGGGGAAAUUGGUUUUUUUUUUUGGGGGGGUUUUUGGGGGGAAAAAAAUUUAAAUUAAAAAAAUUUUUUUUUUUUUUUUUAAAAAUUUUUGGUUUUUUUUUUUUGGGGGGGAUUUUUUUGUUUUUUUUUUUUUUUUUUUUUUAAAAAAAAAAAAAAAAAAGGGGGGGGUUUUUUCCCCUUUUUUUUUUUUUUUAAAAAAUUUUUUUUUUUUAAAAAAAAAUUUUUUUUUUUAAAAAAAAAAAAGGGGGGGUUUUUUGUUUUUUUUUUUGGGCCUUCCCUUUUCAUUUUGGGUUUUUUUUUUGGGGUUUUUUUUUUUUUUUUUUUUUUGGGGGGGAAAAUUUUUUUUUUUUUUUUAAAAAAAAGGGGGUUUAAAAAAAUUUUUGGUUUUUAAUUUUUUUUUAUUUUUUUUUUUUGGGGAAAAAAAACCCCCCCUUUUUUUGGGGUUGGGAAAAAACCGGCCCCGGGGGGGCCCCCCCCUUUUUUUUUUUGGGUUUGGUUUUUUUGGGGGGGAAGGUUUUUUUCCCCCCCCUUUUUAAAAAUUUUUAAAUUUGGGGGGGAAAAAAAAAAAAUUUUCCCUUUUUUUUAAAUUUUUUUGGGGGCCCUCGGGUUUUUUUUUUUGGGGGCCCCCUUUUUUUCCCCCCCCCCCCCCCCCCCCCCCCCCCCCGGGUUUUUCCCCCCCCCCCCCCCCCCCCCCCCCCCCUGAGGGCCAGGUUUCCUCCAGACGUGACGCUUGGCAUUCAGGCCAAAGAGUUCAAUUUUGGUUUCAUCAGACCAGAGAAUCUUGUUUCUCAUGGUCUGAGAGUCUUUAGGUGCCUUUUGGCAAACUCCAAGUGGGCUGUCGUGCCUUUUACUGAGGAGUGUCUUCCGUCUGGCCACUCUACCAUAAAGGCCUGAUUGGUGGAGUGCUCUGUCAAGAUUGACCACAGAGGAACUCUGGAUCUCUGUCAGCGUGACCAUCGGGUUCUUGUUCACCUCCCUAGACAGGAGUGUGCCUUUCCAAAUCAUGUCCAAUCAAUUUAAUUUACCACAGGUGGACUCCAAUCAAGUUGUAGAAACCUCUUAAGGAUUAUCAAUGGAAACAGGAUGCACCUGAGCUCAAUUUCGAGUCUCAUAGCAAAGGGUAUGAAUACUUAUGUAAAUAAGGUAUUUCUGUUUUUUAAUUGUAAUACAUUUGCAAAAAUUUCUAAAAACCUGUUUUCACUUUGUCAAUAUGGGUUAUUGUGUGUAGAUUGAGGAAGAACAUUUAAUUAAUCAAUUUUAGAAUAAGGCUGUAACGUAACAAAAUGUGGAAAAAGUCAAGGUGUCUGAAUACUUUUUGAAAGCACUUUGUAUAUAGUAAGAAUAUUAUGUUUGUUAACAUUUAUGUUAAUGUUAGUUUACCCUUAAAUGUUUUAUUUUACUUGGUGCCUCUUUGGACAGACCCAUGUUGUGAUGAUGUGGUGUUCUGAAGACACCAGCAGGUGGCGCUAGUGGACUGCUGAAAUGACUUUACCCAACAAGUCUGGGGCAGGCCACUCAGUUUUCUUGGGUUGAGAUAGAAGAAGACAUUUCCACUGUACACAUCAUCACCAUAUCUAUUAAUAAGCUAAAUUGAUUAGAAAACAAACAUCCCUAUUCUUCCACGCGCUUCUCCCCAAGCCCACACAAGGUAGUUGAGGAAGGAUGUAGCACUGGGUGUCUAAAUGUGUUGUUUGUUACGCAGGUGAUUUCUGAGGAAGGGGUCAGCUUUAAGGUCAGUUUUAUAUCUCUGUCUCUUUCUCUCUUUCUCCCUCUCUGUGCUGUGAUUAUGUGGUGACACUGUCUGUGCUCGGUGACGCUCUAAGUGUUUUUGAUUGGCUGUUGAAUGAUUUGAUUGCCCUAGCUUGUCUUGUGAUGAGGUAGCAGCUAGCUCUGGUGCAAGUUCUUGUUCUAACUAUCAGUCCCAGGCUUUAGGGCCAGAUCCCCAGUCAGUCACCUAGCAACCCCUCCUGAGUACCGCCCCCCUUGCAGCUUUGUCUGCCACUGGGUGUGAUGUGCUGUCAGGCUGCAGCUGUAGGCUGAGGACUAUGCUUUGCACUCUUCAUUAGUUAGUGUUGCAGUUUGUUUGCCCCUCUGUUACUGUAAGGUCAUCCUUUGCUUAGCUUCUGUCAGCUCAAUGAAUUUGGCACCUGUAGUUAGUGAGAAUAUGCUUUCUCUUCGAUAGGCUACAAUUUGUAAGCAGACAGACCAGAAGUAGUUUCUAGACACUUGUUAACCAACCUGCAGUGAUCUAAUUGAUUCACAAUACUAAAUUAAUUCACAUACUAAUCUAAUCACCUAUUACUUCGAGUGCUUCCUCUGUUUGAUAAGUCGCUUUUCCCUUUCAAUUCUCUUAUCAAUCACUUGGAGAGAAUCUCAAGAUCAGUAUAAAAUGUUAAACCUAGCCAUUCAGUUAAUUGGGGGGGGGGGGGAAGUUACUGAGGUUGAUGAACUGUUUCUUAGGUAGCUUGAUGAAUGAUAAUGAACCUUGUAUUUUGACCAAAUUCCAAUCUGUGUCUGGCUUUGGGAUUCUCUGUGUGUUUGUAUGUGUCCCUCCGUCCAUCUGACCGUGUGUGUCCGUGUGUGUGUGUGUGUGUGUGUUUGACAACAGAUUGUGGGGAACGGCAGUGAGCAGCAGCUGCAGAAGGAGCUGGAGGAUGUUCUGAUGGACCCCUCUGUAGCUGAGCAGAUUCUGAGCGGUGGGGGUAGUGGUGGUGGCUUGGGAGACCAGGUGGAAGGGGGGCACCAUGUGUCCCACCCCACCACAGCAGCACCACCCCAGUCCGAGCCCCAACUGUGCCCUGAUUCCCUCAGCGAUUCCCUCGGUGACCCCCUCAGCACCCCGCCAAAAGUUGAGAUGGUUCUGCCCGUCCAAUCCGCACAAGGUGCACAGGAGAGCGAGCUGAAUGAACGAUCGUACCGUGGUGAGUGAGAGCAAGGAUACCAAAUUAAUCCCUACUCCAGGGGUAGGCAAACUUUUUGGCUCGAGGGCCACAUCGGGGUUUCGAAAUUCAACAAUUUUUUUUACGGAUUUGUUUGUCAAAAUGUAUUUGCGGUCCAGAAAAGGGGCUCUUAUUGGAAAAUAUAUAGGUACAGUGAGGGAAAAAAGUAUUUGAUCCCCUGCUGAUUUUGUACGUUUGCCCACUGACAAAGAAAUGAUCAGUCUACAAUUUUAAUGGUAGGUUUAUUUGAACAUUGAGAGACAGAAUAACAACAAAAAAAUCCAGAAAAACGCAUGUCAAAAAUGUUAUAAAUUGAUUUUCAUUUUAAUGAGGGACAUAAGUAUUUGACCCCCUCUCAAUCAGAAAGAUUUCUGGCUCCCAGGUGUCUUUUAUACAGGUAACGAGCUGAGAUUAGGAGCACACUCUUAAAGGGAGUGCUCCUAAUCUCAGUUUGUUACCUGUAUAAAAGACACCUGUCCACAGAAGCAAUCAAUCAAUCAAUCAGAUUCCAAACUCUCCACCAUGGCCAAGACCAAAGAGCUCUCCAAGGAUGUCAGGGACAAGAUUGUAGACCUACACAAGGCUGGAAUGGGCUACAAGACCAUCGCCAAGCAGCUUGGUGAGAAGGUGACAACAGUUGGUGCGAUUAUUCGCAAAUGGAAGAAACACAAAAGAACUGUCAAUCUCCCUCGGCCUGGGGCUCUAUGCAAGAUCUCACCUUGUGGAGUUGCAAUGAUCAUGAGAACGGUGAGGAAUCAAGCCAGAACUACACAGGAGGAUCUUGUCAAUGAUCUCAAGGCAACUGGGACCAUAGUCACCAAGAAAACAAUUGUUAACACACUACGCCGUGAAGGACUGAAAUCCCGCAGCGCCCGCAAGGUCCCCCUGCUCAAGAAAGCACAUAUACAGGCCCGUCUGAAGUUUGCCAAUGAACAUCUGAAUGAUUCAGAGGAGAACUGGGUGAAAGUGUUGUGGUCAGAUGUGACCAAAAUCGAGCUCUUUGGCAUCAACUCAACUCGCCGUGUUUGGAGGAGGAGGAAUGCUGCCUAUGACCCCAAGAACACCAUCCCCACCGUCAAACAUGGAGGUGGAAACAUUAUGCUUUGGGGGUGUUUUUCUGCUAAGGUGGACAGGACAACUUCACCGCAUCAAAGGGACGAUGGACGGGGCCAUGUACCAUCAAAUCUUGGGUGAGAACCUCCUUCCCUCAGCCAGGGCAUUGAAAAUGGGUCGUGGAUGGAUAUUCCAGCAUGACAAUGACCCAAAACACACGGCCAAGGCAACAAAGGAGUGUCUCAAGAAGAAGCACAUUAAGGUCGUUGAGUGGCCUAGCCAGUCUCCAGACCUUAAUCCCAUAGAAAAUCUGUAGAGGGAGCUGAAGGUUUGAGUUGCCAAACGUCAGCCUCGAAACCUUAAUGACUUGGAGAAGAUCUGCAAAGAGGAGUGGGACAAAAUCCCUCCUGAGAUGUGUGCAAACCUGGUGGCCAACUACAUGAAAUGUCUGACCUCUGUGAUUGCCAACAAGGGUUUUACCACCAAGUACUAAGUCAUGUUUUGCAGAGGGGUCAAAUACUUAUUUCCCUCAUUAAAAUGCAAAUCAAUUUAUAACAUUUUUGACAUGCGAUUUUCUGGAUUUUGUUGUUGUUAUUCUGUCUCUCACUGUUCAAAUAAACCUACCAUUAAAAUUAUAGACUGAUCAUGUCUUUGUCAGUGGGCAAACUUACAAAAUCAGCAGGGGAUCAAAUACUUUUUUCCCUCACUGUAUGUUAUCAUUUCUACAUAGUUUUCUGUCUAUUUGUAGAUGUUCAAGAGUAGCCUGGAGUGUUUUUUUACCCCAAAAUAAUCACCUCCAGCUGGCUGGAUUGAAUGGACUCCAGCCCGCGGAGCGUAGUUUGCCCACCCCUGCCCUACACCCUAGGCACCUCUGUAGAUAUGAGAGGAUUGGAUAGAUGUAAGAACCUCAGUAAUAGCUUUAUCUUGUCUUCUGAUUGGCUGGGUGGAAAUAUCAAGUCUGUAUAUCCAAUGUCCUAGGGGUAGGGUCUACGGUUAGAUUUUGUAUUCAGGGUUAAUCUGAUGUCUCUCUCUCUCACUAGACCUGCUCUGUGUGACCUUUGACUUCCACAGGGGAUGAGUCAUCUUCGGAGUGCAGUCCCUGUUCGCCCAUCCCAGACGAGGACAGUGUGGUGUUCAAUAAGCUGACCUAUCUGGGCUGUGCCUCGGUCAACGCGCCCCGCAGCGAGGUGGAAGCUCUCCGCAUGAUGACCAUCCUCAGAGGGCAGUGCCAGCUACCCCUAGACGUCACCCUGUCUGUGCCCGGCGUCUCAGAGGGCACCGUCAGGUCAGGACUGCUUGCCAAACAAACCAACACCGGAGAUUAGUGUGUGUGUGAGAGUGUGUGUGUGUGUGUGUGUGUGUGUGUGUGAGGCUCCUAAAAUCUAAACAAACAAACAUGAGACUGAGACACAAUUGUGGUAAUGCUGUGAUAUAUAGUCGGUAUAUAAUCUAUAUAUAGUCAGCAUAUAGUCUGCAUAUAGUCUACAUACAGUGAGGGGAACAAAGUAUUUGAUCCCCUGCUGAUUUUGUACGUUUGCCCACUGACAAAAAAAUUAUCAGUCUAUAAUUUUAAUGGGAGGUUUAUUUGAUCAGUGAGAGACAGAAUAACAACAAAAAAAUCCAGAAAAACGCAUGUCAAAAAUGUUAUAAAUUGAUUUGCAUUUUAAUGAGGGAAAUAAGUAUUUGACCCCCUCUCAAUCAGAAAGAUUUCUGGCUCCCAGGUGUCUUUUAUAAAGGUAACGAGCUGAGAUUAGGAGCACACUCUUAAAGGGAGUGCUCCUAAUCUCAGUUUGUUACCUGUAUAAAAUACACCUGUCCACAGAAGCAAUCAAUCAAUCAGAUUCCAAACUCUCUGCCAAGGCCAAAGAGCUCUCCAAGGAUGUCAGGGACAAGAUUGUAGACCUACACAAGGCUGGAAUGGGCUUCAAGACCAUCGCCAAGCAGCUUGGUGAGAAGGUGACAACAGUUGGUGCGAUUAUUCGCAAAUGGAAGAAACACAAAAUAACUGUCAAUCUCCCUCGGCCUGGGGCUCCAUGCAAGAUCUCACCUCAUGGAGUUGCAAUGAUCAUGAGAACGGUGAGGAAUCAGCCCAGAACUACACGGGAGGAUCUUGUCAAUGAUCUCAAGGCAGCUGGGACCUUAGUCACCAAGAAAACAAUUGGUAACACACUACGCCGUGAAGGACUGAAAUCCUGCAGCGCCCGCAAGGUCCCCCUGCUCAAGAAAGCACAUAUACAGGCCCGUCUGAAGUUUGCCAAUGAACAUCUGAAUGAUACAGAGGAGAACUGGGUGAAAGUGUUGUGGUCAGAUGAGACCAAAAUGGAGCUCUUUGGCAUCAACUCAACUCGCCGUGUUUGGAGGAGGAGAAAUGCUGCCUAAGACCCCAAGAACACCAUCCCCACCGUCAAACAUGGAGGUGGAAACAUUAUGCUUUGGGGGUGUUUUUCUGCUAAGGGGACAGGACAACUUCACCGCAUCAAAGGGACGAUGGACGGGGCCAUGUACCGUCAAAUCUUGGGUGAGAACCUCCUUCCCUCAGCCAGGGCAUUGAAAAUGGGUCGUGGAUGGGUAUUCCAGCAUGACAAUGACCCAAAACACACGGCCAAGGCAACAAAGGAGUGGCUUAAGAAGAAGCACAUUAACAUUUACAUUUACAUUUACGUCAUUUAGCUGACGCUCUUAUCCAGAGCGACUUACAGUUAGUGCAUACAUUAUUAUUUUCAUACUGGCCCCCCGUGGGAAACGAACCCACAACCCUGGCGUUGCAAACGCCAUGCUCUAUCAACUGAGCUACCUCCCUGCCUGCCAUUCCCUCCCCUACCCUGGACGACGCUGGGCCAAUUGUGCGCCGCCCCAUUGAUGAGGAUAAACUGUAACGCCCUCUGCUGGCAGAGCUCAAUUCAAUGUUGACAAAAAAUGUGAUGUCAGGUGGGACCCUAAUUGCUGUUACACAGGGUUCCAAGGUCAGAGAAUAGAACCCUGGUUGAUGUUGCACAGGGAUCUGUGUAAGAGGGACUAUUUGAUGUUGGAUGCUUUCGGAUCAGUGAAGUCCCAGUUCAAUAAUGGACAUAGUUGUGUCAGUGGGGGGGACCCUAUUUGAUGUUGAGCCGGAUCCUGCGGCAAUGGGUGGUCUUGAGCUCAGCCAAGGCUUUCUCCAGAUCCUGGAUGAGGUGCAUCAGGGUGGCAGGGUCAGUCUGUAGCACCUUAGCACUCUUCUCACCUCCACUCUCCUCCAGGUGCAGCUUCAUACUCAGUGUAGGCUUCACCUGGUGCCUUAGGGCACGACUGGCCAGACCAAAAAAAGCAGACAGGCAGGCAGAGAGACAACAGUCCCUGUACAUCCAGCCUCCACUCCAGGUCGUGGCAGUGAGUGGGUCAGUACACUGAGGAUGUGUCGGAUCUCCUUCAUGUGGUCCAAGUAGAGCUGCAGCUGGUUCAGCUCCUCUGUGAAGCCCAGCACCGAGUCCUGAAAGUCCACCUCAGAGAUCAUGAGUUUGGAGCCUGGAGUGGCCUAGCCAGUCUCCAGACAUUAAUCCCAUAGAAAAUCUGUGGAGGGAGCUGAAGGUUUGAGUUACCAAACGUCAGCCUCGAAACCUUAAUGACUUGGAGAAGAUCUGCAAAGAGGAGUGGGACAAAAUCCCUCCUGAGAUGUGUGCAAACCUGGUGGCCAACUACAAGAAACGUCUGACCUCUGUGAUUGCCAACAAGGGAUUUGCCACCAAGUACUAAGUCAUGUUUUGCAGAGGGGUCAAAUACUUAUUUCCCUCAUUAAAAUGCAAAUCAAUUUAUAACAUUUUUGACAUGCGUUUUUCUGGAUUUUGUUGUUGUUAUUCUGUCUCUCACUGUUCAAAUAAACCUACCAUUAAAAUUAUAGACUGAUCAUGUCUUUGUCAGUGGGCAAACAUACAAAAUCAGCAGGGGAUCAAAUACUUUUUUCCCUCACUGUACAUGUAGGUUUGGUUAGGUGAUUGAUUGAUUGAUUGAUUGAUUGAAGUACUAUGUACAUAUAGGUGGGGGGUGAAAAGCAGAAAGUCCGGGUAGCCAUUUAAUGACCUGUUCAGCAGUCUUAUGGCUUUGGGGUUGAAGCUGUUCAGGAACCUUUUGGUCCCAGAUUUGGCGCUCCGGUACCACUUGCCAUGCGGUUGCAGAGUGAACAGACUGUGACUUGGGUAUAUAGUCUGCAUAUAGGCUGCAUAUAGUCUGUAUAUAAUCUGUAUGUAGUCUCUAUAUAGGCUGUAUGUAGUCUGUAUGUAGUCUCUAUAUAGGCUGUAUGUAGUCUGUAUGUAGUCUCUAUAUAGGCUGUAUAUAAUCUGUAUAAAAUCUGUAUAUAGUCUCUAUAUAGUCUGUAUGUAGUCUGUAUCUAGUCUCUAUAUAGGCUGUAUGUAGUCUGUAUCUAGUCUCUAUAUAGACUGUAUAUAAUCUGUAUGUAGUCUCUAUAUAGGCUGUAUGUAGUCUGUAUGUAGUCUCUAUAUAGGCUGUAUGUAGUCUGUAUCUAGUCUCUAUAUAGGCUGUAUGUAGUCUGUAUCUAGUCUCUAUAUAGGCUGUAUGUAGUCUGUAUCUAGUCUCUAUAUAGGCUGUAUGUAGUCUGUAUGUAGUCUCUAUAUAGGCUGUAUAUAAUCUGUAUAUAGUCUCUAUAUAGUCUAUAUUUUACCUUUACCAAUUAACUUUGGACCAUAACAGCCAUAACCUUACCAGACUGUUUUUCUGCAGGUUGCUGGACCCCCAGACAAGCACAGAGAUAGCCAGCUACCCCAUCUACAAGAUACUGUUCUGUGUGCGUGGUCAUGACGGCACGCCAGAGAGUGACUGCUUCGCCUUCACAGAGAGCCACUACAACGCAGAGAUCUUCCAUAUACAUGUCUUCCGCUGUGAGAUCCAAGAGGCGGUGAGGACCUGCACUACACACACACACACACACACACACACACACACACACACACACACACACACACACACACACACUCACACACACAGAGAUUCGGGGAUGGUGACAGACUGAGACAUCAGCACUUGGACAUACACUUUACAAAAGCCCAGUGGCAAGUCAUUCACUUCCAGUGACUGAGUUGUUUAGCUCCAUGUUGCCUGGGUCUUCCUUCGCCACACUACAGUUCCACACACAUUUGACUGCAUUGUAAAUCUUGAACUGCAGUACCCUUUUUCACUGUACCAGAUUCUUCAAUCUGACAGCACACUUCUCUCAUGCUGCCCACACACAAUGCCCAAACUUUCAUGUUGAGAUGAAAUAUCUCUUCCUGUGUGAGCUGUUUACCCCUCUCUUCCUCUCUACCCAUCACUACCUCUCUCUCUACCCCUCUACCCCUCUCUCUCUCUACCCCUCUCUCUCUACCCCUCUACCUCUCUCUCUACCUCUCUAAACCCUCUACCUCUCUCUACCCCUCUACCCCUCUCUCUACCCCUCUCUCUCUACCCCUCUACCUCUCUCCCCUACCCCUACCUCUCUCUGCCUACCUCUCGCUCUACCUCUCUCUACCCCUCUCUACCUCUCUCUCUACCCCUCUACCUCUCUCUCUACCCUCUACCCUCUCUCUCUAACCCUCUACCUCUCUACCCCUCUACCUCUCUCUGCCUACCUCUCGCUCUACCUCUCUCUAACCCUCUACCUCUCUGCCUACCUCUCUCUACCUCUCUCUAACCCUCUACCUCUCUCUACACCCUCUCUGCCUACCUCUCCUACACCUCUACCCUACUUCUUACCCUCUCUAAACCCCCCUACCUCUCUCUCUACCUCUCUCUACACACUCCUCUUUCCCUACCUCUCUCUCUACCUCUCUCUAUCCCUCUCUCUCUACCUCUCUCUACCCUCUCUCUCUACCCUCUCUCAACCCCUUACCUCUUCUCUACCUCUCUCUACCUUCUCUGCCUACCUCUCGCUUCUACCUCUCUCUACACCACUACUAUCUCCUCUGCACUACCUCUCUAUACCUCUAUGCCAUACCUCUCUCUAACCUCUCUCACCCCUCUAACACAUUCUCUUCUCUCUCUCUCUCUCUCUCUCUCCUCUCUCUACUCUCUGCCUCUCUCUCUCUCUCUCUCUCUCUCUCUCUCUCUCUCUCUCUCUCUCUCUCUCUCUCUCUCUCUCUCUCUCUCUCUCAAUUUAAUUUAAUUUAAGGGCUUUAUUGGCAAGGGAAACUUAUGUUAACAUUGCCAAAGCAAGUGAAGUAGAUAGUAAACAAAAGUGAAAUAAACAAUAAAUAUGAACAGUAAACAUUACACUCAGAAGUUCCAAAAGAAUAAAGACAUUAUAAUGUCAUAUUAUGUGUAUAUAUACAGUGUUGUAACAAUGUGCAAAUAGUUAAAGGACAAAUGGGAAAAUAAAUAAACAUAAAUAUGGGUUGUAUUUACAAUGUUGUUUGUUCUUCACUGGUUGCCCUUUUCUUGUGGCAACAGGUCACAAAUCUUGCUGCUGUGAUGGCACACUGUGGUAUUUCACCCAAUAGAUAUGGGAGUUGAUCCAAAUUGGAUUUGUUUUCGAAAUCUUUGUGGGUCUGUGUAAUCUGAGGGAAAUAUGUGUCUCUAAUAUGGUCAUACAUUUGGCUGGAGGUUUGGAAGUGCAGCCUCAUUUUGUGGGCAGUGUGCACAUAGCCUGUCUUCUCUUGAGAGCCAGGUCUGCCUAUGGCGGCCUUUCUCAAUAGCAAGGCUAUGCUCGCUGAGUUUGUACAUAGUCAAAGCUUUCCUUAAGUUUGAGUCAGUCACAGUGGUCAGGUAUUCUGCUACUGUGUACUCUCUGUUUAGGGCCAAAUAGCAUUCUAGUUUGCUCUGUUUGUUUGUAAAUUCUUUCCAAUGUGUCAAGUAAUUCUCUUUUUGUUUUCUCAUGAUUUGGUUGGGUCUAAUUGUGUUGUUGUCCUGGGGCUCUGUGGGGUCUGUUUGUGUUUGAACAGAGCCCCAGGACCAUCUUACUUAGGGAACUCUUCUCCAAGUUCAUCUCUCUGUAGGUGAUGGCUUUGUUAUGGAAGGUUUGGGAAUCGCUUAAUUUUAAGUGGUUAUAGAAUUUAACGGCUCUUUUCUGGAUUUUGAUAAUUAGCGGGUAUCGACCUAAUUCUGCUCUGCAUGCAUUAUUUGGUGUUUUUCGUUGUACACUGAGGAUAUUUUUUGCAGAAUUCUGCAUGCAGAGUCUCAAUUUGGUGUUUGUCCCAUUUUGUGAAUUCUUGGUUGGUGAGCGGACCCCAGACCAUAAAGGGCAAUGGGUUCUAUAACUGAUUCAAGUAUUUUUAGCCAGAUCCUAAUUGGUAUGUCGAAUUGUAUGUUCCUUUUGAUGGCAUAGAAGGCCCUUCUUGCCUUGUCUCUCAGAUCGUUCACAGCUUUGUGUAAGUUACCUGUGGCGCUGAUGUUUAGGCCGAGGUAUGUAUAGUUUUUUGUGUGCUCUAGGGGCAACGGUUUUGUCUAGGUGGAAUUCUGCCUUUGUGGUUACUGGCAACUGGACUCUUUUUGGAAACCACCCAUUAUUUUGGUCUUACUGAUAUUUUUCUGUCAGGGCCCAGGUCUGACAGAAUCUGUGCAGAGGAUCUAUGUGCUGCUGUAGGCCCUCCUUGGUUGGUGACAAGCACCAGAUAAUCAGGAAACAGUAGACAUUUGACUUCGGAUUAAUUUGACUUCAGAUUCUCCCUCUCUCUCUCUCUCUCUCUUACCGUCUCUCUUCUACGCUCUCUCUCUACCGCUUCUCUACCGCUCUCUCUCUAACUCGCUUCUCUCUCUCUUACUCUACUCGCUCUACUCUUCUCUCUCACGCUCUCUCUCUCUCCGCUCCUCUCUACCCUCUCUCUCUCUCUCUUACCCCUCUCUCUACGCUCUCUCUCUACCGCUCUCUCUCUAUACCUCUCUCUACCUCUCAUCUACCGCUCUCUCUCUACCGCUCUCUCUCUACCUCUCGCUACCUCUCUCUCUCUACCUCUCUCUCUCUCUAACUCUCUCUCUCUCUACCUCUCUCUCUCUACCUCUCUCUCUCUACCUCUCUCUACUCUCUCUCUACCUCUCUCAAUUCAAAUCAAUUCAAAGGGCUUAGCAUAGACAAUAAACAGAAGGGAAACAUUAGUAAACAUUACACUCACAAAAGUUUUAAAAUAAUAUAGACAUUUCAAAUGUUAUAUUAUUGGCUAUGUACAGUGUUGUAAUGAUGUGCAAGUAGUUGAAGUAUGAAAGGGAAAAUGGUAAACAGAUAAAUGUAGGUUGUAUUUACAAUGUUGUUUGUGUUCCAAUGGUUGCCCUUUUCUCAUGGCAACAGGCCACAAAUCUUGCUGCUGUGAUUGCACACUGCGGUAUUUCGCCUAACAGAUAUGGGAGUUUAUCAAUGUUUUAUUUGUUUUCAAAUUCUUUGUGGGUCUGUGUAAUCUGUGGGAAAUAUGUGUCUCUAAAGUGGUCAUACAUUUGGCCGGAGGAAGUGUAGCUCAGUUUCCACCUCAUUUUGUGGGCAGUGGGCACAUAGCCUGUCUUCUCUUGAGAGCCAGGUCUGCCUAUGGCAACCUCUCUUAAUAGCAAGGCUAUGCUCACUGAGUCUGUACAUAGGCAAGGAUUUUCUUAAUUUGGGGUCAGUCACAGUGGUCAGCUAUUCUACCACUGUGUACUCUCUGUUUAGGGCCAGAUAGCAUUCCAAUGUAUUCUGUUUUUUGGUUGAUUCUUUCCAGUGUGUCAAAUGGUUACCUUUUUGCUUUCUCAUAAUUUGGUUGGGUCUAAAUGUGUUUCUGGCCUGGGGCUCUGUUCACAAACACAAACAGACCCCACAGAGCCCUCAGAAACAGCUGAUUGAGGGGACUCUUCUCCAGGUUCAUGUCUCUGUAGGUGAGGGUUUUGUGGAGGAAUGUGUGGGCAUCGCUUCCCUUUAGGUGAUUAUAGAAUUUAACAGCUCUUUUCUGGAUUUUGAUAACUAGCGGGUAUAGUCCUAAUUAUUCUCUGCGUGCAUUGUUUGGGCUUUUGCGUUGUACAUGAAGUACAGUGCAUUUGGAAAGUAUUUAGACCCUUUUUCCACAUUUUGUUACUUUACAGCCUUAUUCUAAAAUGGAUUAAAUAAAAACAAAUCCUCAUCAAUCUACACACAAUACCCCAUAAUGACAAAGCAAAAACAGGUUUUUAGAAAUCUUUGCACAUUUAUUAAAAAUGUAAAACAAUUCAAUUAAUUUGCAAAAAUGUUUGAAAACCUGUUUUUGCUUUGUCAUUAUGGGGUAUUGUGUGUAGAUUGAUGAGGAUUUGUCUUUUUUUAAUCAAUUUUAGAUUAAGGCUGUAACGUAACAAAAAGUCAAAGGGUCUGAAUACUUUAUGGGUCCUACUAGUGAGACCUCAUAACUUUUCAGGCUUCCCAAAUGUUUCCAAUAAAUUCCCAUCAAAGUAGAAUUUCCAUGUAGAAUGUUAGCUUGGCAAAUUUCCAUGUAGAAUGUUAGCUUGGCAAAUUUCCAUGUAGAAUGUUAGCUUGGCAUGAUUCCAGAUGAGGAUUGCAUUUAUGGUCUAGUGCCUUGAUGGUCAACACCUGUUUUAUUCGGGCACGCACAAUAUUCACAUUGAUCUCCUCCUAGAAGUGUGUGUUUGUGUGUGUCCGUGUGACACUGCGAUCUUCUAUAAGUGUGUAUGUUCUGAGUGUCUCUGUGUGUGUGUGUCUCUGGACACUGGUGAGUAUGAGCUGAAACCAGACAUGUUACGUAGUGUAAGAAGAGAGGCAGAGCUGUGUGGCUCAACCUGUGUAAGGGUCAUUAGUUUCUCUACAGGGGAGCGGGAGAUAACCCUAUAGGGAUCACCUAACAUGAGACAGAGAAUUCAGCUCAGCUGACACUCAGUAAACAGAGCCCUGUCUAGAAUGAUACUGUAUCAUGUCUCCCAGUAAACAGAGCCCUGUCUAGAAUGAUACUGUAUCAUGUCUCCCAGUAACUGAAAAGCUCUCAAGGACGCUAAUGGUGUGUGUACGUGUAUGUCGCUGAUCUUCAAUCCGUGUGUGUGUGUGUGUGUGUGUGUGUGUGUGUGUGUGUGUGUGUUUGAACUCCACAGGUCAGCAGGAUACUGUACAGUUUUGCCACGGCCUUUAGGCGGUCCGCCAAGAAGACGCUCCUCUCGGGCUUGGCUCCGCUCCUGACGCCAGACAGCCACGUCUUCACCUUCACCGUCAGUCUAGAGAUUAAGGAGGAUGAUGGGAAAGGGACCUUUAGGUAUGGUGCAUCACAACCAUGUUAGAGGAACAUGUUAUCUAUCUUAUCAAUCUGUACACUAGUGUAAUUGUCCCUAGUCUCUAGGUGUGGUAUGGUAUCUACUAUAUGUUAUCAAUGUGUUAGAACAUGCAAUCUACUGUAUGUUGUCAGUGUGUUUGAACUUGCUAUCUACUGUAUGUUACCAAUGUGUUAGAACAUGCUAUCUACUGUAUGUUGUCAAUGUGGUAGAACAUGCUAUCUACUGUAUAUUGUCAAUGUGUUAGAACAUGCUAUGUUAUCAAUGUGUUAGAACAUGCUAUCUACUGUAUGUUAUCAAUGUGUUAGAACAUGCUAUCUACUGUAUGUUAUCAAUGUGUUAGAACAUGCUAUCUACUGUAUGUUAUCAAUGUGUUAGAACAUGCUACCUACUGUAUGUUAUCAAUGUGGUAGAACAUGCUAUCUACUGUGUGUUAUCAAUGUGUUAGAACGUGCUAUCUACUGUAUGUUAUCAGUGUGUUAGAACGUGCUAUCUACUGUAUGUUAUCAAUGUGUUAGAGCAUGCUAUCUACUGUAUGUUAUCAGUGCGUUAGAACAUGCUAUCUACUGUAUAUUGUCAAUGUGUUAGAACAUGCUAUGUUAUCAAUGUGUUAGAACAUGCUAUCUACUGUAUGUUAUCAAUGUGUUAGAACAUUCCCAUCUACUGUAUGUUAACAAUGUGUUAGAACGUGCUAUCUACUGUAUGUUAUCAGUGUGUUAGAACGUGCAAUUUACAUUUACAUUUAAGUAAUUUAGCAGACGCUCUUAUCCAGAGCGACUUACAAAUUGGAUGAACAGUGUCUGUCCCUUAGCUCCUCAGGGUUAAUGGGAAUAGCAGCAGACAUUCAUAAGCUUCAUGUUGACCUUCCAGCAGAACUCAAUAAUAUCACAGAAAAUAAUAACAUCAUAGACAAUAGAAUUCAACCACCUGGAGAGAGAUAGCUAGCCUAGUGUUACCAACAGGAAAUUGGAUCAAUUGGCCAAGCAGUACCACAGGGAAAGGGGAUACCUAGUCAGUUGCACAACUCAAUGCAUUCAACCAAAAUGUGUCUUCCGCAUUUAACCCAACCCCUGCUGCACCUAGGUCAGUAGGACACACAGUGUCCCAAUUAGGCUUGGGUGGUAUACCGUAUAUACCGUAUAAUGGGUUAUUUGGAAAUAGCCACAGGAGGGUUUUUCAAUACCGUUAAUACUAUUUCUUUGAAGUUUUUAAAAUAAAUGUGAAUAUUUGUUGCUACUUUUUAAGUAAAUCCCUCAAGUCAACUUAUACGUUAGGAGAUAAAGAAGAUCGCAUUCUUCAUUUCACCUGUCACAUAAUGUUUCAUUAUGAAGCUUACCGGUAGUCCCCAGCCACGUGGUGUUUGUUCACAAGCAACGACGAGAGACCAGAGCCUUGUGAGUCACUCACUGUUGUUCAGCACAAGUCAGGUGAUCUAGUUACAGUAUGGAAUUUACAACUAAAUGUUUGCCAGCGAGAUAUCUUAUAACUAUUAAGUUUACUGUCUAAAAUGUGGCAAAUGCUUUGGUUUGCUAAUUUAGUAGCUAGUUAGCUAUCUAGCUAAGUGGUUAACUUCUUCCAAAAUAAAGCUUUGCUUGGUAACAGCAGAAAAUCCCUUCCCGGAGCAAGAGCCUUGCUGUCUAAUAUUUGUUUUGUGCGUGCAGCAAACUGAGAGUAGCAUUUUUUUGUUACUUGUAUAACUUUUGCAUUUAGUUAGCAUUCUAUAUGGGUUUUUACAUGUACUUGUUAGCAUUGCUAACCUUCGGAUUAGAGGCAGAGUGGGGUUUGAAAAUAGCGCUCCUUGUGUUCAGUGCCGGUAUUACCGAAUAUCCCGGUAUUAUAAUAAUAAUAAUAAUAAUAAUAAUAAUAAUAUGCCAUUUAGCAGACGCUUUUAUCCAAAGGGACUUGCAGUCAUGUGCGCAUAAAUUUUUACGUAUGGGUGGUCCCGGGGAUCGAACCCACUACCCUGGCGUUACAAGGCCAUGCUCUACCAAUUGAGCUACAGAGGACCACAUGAAGGUAUGAUAAUCUGGAUACCGCCCAAGCCUAGUCUCAAUACUCAACAGUGGCUUCCUCUCAUUGGCUAGAACCUAUCCUACUAGUGUCGGAUCAAGCCGGGUGAAGAAAAGGAAAGAAGGAAAGGAGACAAGUAAAGGAGGCCACUGUAGAGUAUUGAGAUAAAGCCAUUGCCUCAUUUUCAGUUCUGGCUUGAAAGCAUUUUAAACAUGUGAGAUGGGACGAGGGGUGGUAGAAGAGGUUACAUUAUUUAUCUUCAAAUAUUUUGGUGUGCUACAAGUCCUGUAUAACAUGUUUCAAAGCUGUUGAUAGACUGCUGCAGACAGAUUGACUGAAAGUCUGAAUAUAAUAAUAAUAAUAAGUCUUACUAUAAUAAUACUGACUACAGUAUAUAAUAGUGCUAUCUACUGUGUGUUAUCAAUGUGGUAGAACAUGCGAUCUACUGUAUGUUAUCAAUGUGUUAGAACAUGCGAUUUUAACGGUAUUUUAUCUAUGUGUUAGAACAUGGCUAUCUGCUGUAAUGUAUCAGUGUGUUAAACAUGCUAUCCUACUGUUGUGUUUGGUAUGUUUUAGAACAUGCCUAUGUAUGGUCAAUGUGUUAAGAACAUGCUUCUACUGUAUGUUAUCAGUGUGUUAGGAAAUUGCUAUCUACUGUAUGUUAUCAAGUGUGUUAGGAAUAUGCCUACUACUGUAGGUUAUCAGUGGUUGUAGAACAUGCUAUCGUACUGUAUGUUAUCAAUGUGGUUAGGAACAUUGCAAUCUACUGUAUGUUAUCAAUGGGUGGUUAGAAUAUGCCUAUCUACUGUAAUGUUUAUCACUGUGUUAGACAUGCUAUUUACGGUAUGUUAUCAAAUGGUAUACUGUAUGUUACCAUGUGUUAGAACAUGCAUCUGACUGUUUAUGUGUUAACAUGUUUAACAUGAAUUGUAUGUAUCAAUGUGUAGAACAUGCAAUCACUGUGUGUUAUCAGUGGUUAAACAUGCAUUAUGAUGUGUUAUCAAAUGUAACUCUAUUUACGUAUGUUAUGUUAAAAAUGCUAUGUUCCAUGUGUUAGACAUGAUCUAAACUGUAUCGUACAUGUGUUGUAACUGAUCUCUGUUAGAAUCAGUUUACGAACUGUGUUAUGAAGUGUGUUAGAACAUGCUAUCUACUGUGUGUUGUCAUGUGUUAAACAUGCUAUCUACUGUGUGUGUCAGGUUAAACAUGCUAUCUACUGAUGUUUCAUGUGUUGAACAUGCUACUAUGUGUGUUAUAUGUGUUAGAACAUGCUCUACUGUGUGUUUCAGUGUGUUAAACAUGCUAUCUACUGGUUAUGUUGUCAGCGGUUAUAAAAUGUGUUACUAUCAUCAAUUGAUCUAUUUGUUAUAUUGUUAACAUGCUUUUAUGAUUUCCCUUCAGUUAGAAUAUUACUGUGACUUUAGAACGUUAAACUGCUAUUCUACUAUUUGUUGCAUUUUAAAGGUCUCUAUCCCCUCUCAAAUACAUCAUUGUCUAAUGUUAGCUUUGUAAAUCUCUGCCAUUCAAGAUCUACUUGGAAACAUGUUAAGGAACAAGGCACAUCAAAUUAGCAAUUGUAUUUUUUUGAAGUUCUUACCCUCUCAAUACACCGACUUACUUAAUUUAGUCACCUAAAGACUUGCAUCCAUCCUCGAUCCUGGAAAAUGGCCUUAGUGCAACAAGGAAUGACAAAUAGCCAAAUCGACUUUAUUGAGCCUCUCAGAUAGGAACCAUCCUGACCCAGAUUGACCCAGACAGAGAGAUGCUCCUGUCCCGAUACCCUGGCUUCACAAGGGUGACUCUAGCAGUGACGCCGUGGCCAGGCAACACAGACACAUGCGAAUGCUCUUCAGGCAGGCAUAGAUAGAGGCCUAUGCUCUGGGCUGGGUUUUAUUUUGGAUGAGAGCGGGAUCUGGUCUCUAGAACUAAUUGCUUCUCCUCCAAGGCGCUGUCUCAAUUGCUUAAAUAUCUGUCCCGUUCUCCUCUCCUCCCCAUCAUAGUCUACAGUGUCUUCCUGUCCUCCCCUCCUCCCCGUCAUCUGCACUGAUUGGAAAAGACUGGUGGAAACAACAUGGUGGAGGCUCAUCAGUUCUCUUAGAUCAGAGUGAUGGAGGAGAGGACAGGGGCUGUAUGUAUCAAGUGUCUCAGAGUAGGAAUGCUUAUCUAGGAUUUUGAUCUAAAAGGCUAACCUGAUCCUAGAUCAACACUCCUUCUCUUAAAACAUACUGCCCCAGCUUUUUAAGGCAAUUAAGACAUAGCCCUAAAUCUAACCCGUCCUCCUCCUCCUCAGGCUCUGAUGGGGGUUGUUUCCAAUUCCCACCAAACAAGUCACUUCCCUUAGCUCACAAAUGGCCAAAUACUACACUGGUUGUUUUGAAAACAAAAAUCCCAUCGCUUAUUUUUAGACUGGCAUAUUUCCUCCUCAUUAAGCCUUGGGUUGCUUGUUUGUGGAAUGUUGAGAUCUAAGCGCAGCGUUCACACGCUAGCUAGUAAUACGCAAGUCAUUGCGAUGUUACGCUCCAGGAAUUCCAGAGCAGACACUAUGACUACAGUACUCAGCAAAACUGCAAAGAUUGUAAAGAGUAGUGUUGUGAGUGUGACGAGCUGAAAUUGUCCUUUUUAAGGAACUUGGACGGUCUUACUGUUCAGUCUUCAUCCUCUAAUAUGGUGUUUAUUAGCAAAUGUAUUGGUUUUGUUAAACAUGUAUUUACAGAAUUACUCUUAGACCGGGUGACACUGUUUUUAUUUUGCAGAGUAUCUUACUGUAUGUCACGGAAUCAGCCGAGGCUGCUCCUCCUCCUUGCUCGGGCAGGCUUCGGCGUUCGUCGUCCCCGGAAUACGAGCUGCCACCGAUCUAUGUUUUCUGUGUUUUGACUGGUUUUGUCUUGAUUGUGUACACCUGUUUCCUAUUAUGUUGUAUUGUUUCCCCUAUUUAACCCUCUGUCGUGCAUUGUGUGUUGUGUGUUAUUGUAUUCGUCAUCGGCAGUGUUCGUGUGCGGGUUGUUUUUCCUCCUUGUGUGGAGAUUGUUUCUACUCUGGUUACUUUCAAGUAAAGUACGUUUCCAGUAAGCUCUGUGUCCUGCGCUUGACUUCGCCUACCGCAUUCACCGUCGCUUUCUGACACUGUAUUUACGAUCUCACUAGCUCAUAGCUUCUGUGUGGUGUAUCUAACAGCAUGUUCUAAGGGCCUCGAGUGUGUGCUGUAUAAAUUAUUUGUGUAAUAUUUUGGGAGGAGGAGUCUGCUUUGAUCAGGUUGACUCUUCUUUUUCUGCAGACAUUCAAAACAGAAAGAAUGAUCAGUGCUCGCGUCAUCACGUUAGAUCAAUGAAAUGCAUAAACAAACGCAAAGUGGAAUAUUAUCAUCAUGUGUAUGGUAUUGUGAAUUUCAUGUAGCCCAACGCUCUCAGGGCAAUGAGGCAAGAUCUCUCCCAAUCCCAGCCAAAGCAUUUUAGAGUAAGAACUUCUCUUUUAUUUUUCUAUUUUUCCAGCACUGUGGCGAAAGACAAAGACAAGAACAGCUUCAAGCUGCGUCCGGGAAUGGACAAGAAGGUCGUCGUCUACGUCCAGCAGACGUCCAAUAAGGAGCUGGCCUUAGAGAGGUAACACAGACAGACACCGAUAGAGAGGCCAAUGCAGACAUGACACAGUGUACUGUACAUUUCUCCCUAAGUCUCGCCACCACCGAGAAUUCUCAGUCUGGACGUCUCCCUGCUAUUCAUAACAGGCCGUAAUUCAGUUAUAAUUGAUAAACAACCGCUGUUUAAUGUCCGUCUGUUUCCGAGUUGAAGUGUCCCAGUUUAGCCAUGAGGAUGUUUCUGUUCUGAGCCUGCUAAUUCUCAACGGUUAAUAACGUUGUUUUUAACCGCCGUCAUCUCAUUUCAAUGGCUCUUUGUUAUUUUACACUUCCUAUACUGGGCCGGAAUUGGAGAGCUCUGUUAUCUUCUGUUAUUUAAUGCUCUGGUCUGUUUUAUGAAGGAUAUAUCGCUAGCUAGCCUGAUACUAUGUGGGGGAUGAAUCUGCUGAGGCUUUCCACCUGGUUCCACUCUUAUGAGGUGUGUGUGUGUGUGUGGUCUGUGUUUCCGCUCUGUGCGUGUGCUCUUGUGUGUGUGUGUGUGUGUGUUCUGUGUGUGUGUGUGUUCCAGGUGCUUUGGCCUACUGCUGAGCCCAGGGAAGAACGUGAAGAACAGUGACAUGCACCUGCUAGACCUAGAGUCGAUGGGGAAGUCCUCCGAUGGGAAGUCCUACAUCAUCACAGGGAGCUGGAAUCCCAACACACCCCAGUUCCAGGCUGUCAACGAGGAGACACCCAAAGGUACAGCAGGCCUAACGGCCAUCAUGCAGUGGUGUCCAUAGCUUGUUAUGUAGUGCCAACUUAACGUUGUUAUUUUUCCUGUCUGUGUAUGACCACGAUUCUAAGUAUAAUGACCCUAGAUAGUUCAUAGCCGACCGUGACCGUGGCUGACUCUGGCUGUGUCAUGAAUGUCUGUGGAAUGCGGUAGGCCAGAGUCAAGCGCAGGACACAGAAUGAAAUGAAAAUCUACUUUACUGAAUAGUAAAGAAACAAGCAAAACCUCCAAACACAGGGAGGAGCAAACCCGCUCACAAACGACACUCGUAACAAGUAACAAACACGCACAACACACAGUGGGGGCGAACAGGUUAAAUAGGGAAUGACAUCAUACUAUAAUGGGAAACAGGUGCGCAACACUAGACAACAAUCAGGUGAACAUAGAAACAUAAAACAUAGAUCGGCAGCAGCUAGUACUCCGGUGACGACGAACGCCGAAGCCUGCCCGAGCCAGAAAGAAGGGCAGUCUCGGCAGAAUCCGUGACAGGCUAAUAUCAUCUAGCUACAUAGCUACGACCACAGCUACUGUAUACCGGUUAUAUCGAGGAUGUUUGUGUUCCAGAUACGUUAAUGUACAGGUCCACAACUUUAAGGUUUACAUUGAUGAGUGUUGGGUUCAAGUUUAUGUACCUGACCACAGUUCUACGGGUUUCUUUAAGGGUUAUAUUGAUGGCAGUUAUGGGUUAUGUCUAACAGAUAAACUUAUCUAUAUGACGACGGCGGUGGACCUGGUGAUCACUGAGGUGGAGGAGCCGGUUCGUUUCCUGCUGGAGACCAGGGUCAGAGUCUGCUCCCCCAACGAGAGGCUCUUCUGGCCAUUCAGCAAACGCAGCUACACCGAGACCUUCUACCUUAAACUCAGACAGGUGAGAGGUUCUACCUGAAACUCAGACAGGUGAGACAGACACUACCGUUCAAAAGUUUGGGGUCACUUAGAAAUGUCAUUUUUUUGUCCAUUUAAAAUAACAUCAAAUUGAUCAGAAAUACAGUGUAGCUGGAAAGGGCUGAUUUCCAAUGGAAUAUUUACAUAGACGUACAGAGGCCCAUUAUCAGCAACCAUCAGUCCUGUGUUCCAAUGGCACGUUGUGUUUGCUAAUCCAAGUUUAUCAUUUUAAAAGGCUAAUUGAUCAUUAGAAAACCCUAUUGCAAUUACAGUUGAAGUCGGAAGUUUACAUACACUUAGGUUGGAGUCAUUAAAACUCGUUUUUCAACCACUCCACAAAUUUGUUGUUAACAAACUACAGUUUUGGCAAGUCGGUUAGGACAUCUACUUUGUGCAUGACACAAGUAAUUUUUCCAACAAUUGUUUACAGACAGAUUAUUUCAAAUAUAAUUCACUAUAUCACAAUUCCAGUGGGUCAGAAGUUUAUAUACACUAAGUUGACUGUGCCUUUUAAACAGCUUGGAAAAUUCCAGAAAAUGAUGUCAUGGCUUUAGAAGCUUCUGAUAGGCUAAUUUACAUCAUUUCAGUUAAUUGGAGGUAUACCUGUGGAUGUAUUUCAAGGCGUACCUUCAAACUCAGUGCCUCUUUGCUUGACAUCAUGGGAAAAUCAAAAUAAAUCAGCCAAGACCUCCAAUUGUAGACCUCCACAAGUCUGGUUCAUCCUUGGGAGCAAUUUCCAAAUACCUGAAGGUACCGCGUUCAUCUGUACAAACAAUAGUACGCAACUAUAAACACCAUGGGACCACGCAGCCGUCAUACCGCUCAGGAAGGAGACGCGUUCUGUCUCCUAGAGAUGAACGUACUUUGGUGCGAAAAGUGCAAAUCAAUCCCAGAACAACAGCAAAGGACCUUGUGAAGAUGCUGGAGGAAACAGGUACAAAAGUAUCUAUAGCCACAGUAAAACGAGACCUAUAUCAACAUAACCUGAAAGGCCGCUCAGCAAGGAAGAAGUCCACUGCUUCAAAACCGCCAUAAAAAAGCCAGACUACGGUUUGCAACUGCACAUGGAGACAAAGAUCUUACUUUUUGGAGAAAUGUCUUCUGGUCUGAUAAAACAAAAAUAUAACUGUUUGGCCAUAAUGACCGUUGUUAUGUUUGGAGGAAAAAGGGGGGCCUUGCAAGCCGAAGAACACCAUCCCAACCGUGAAGCACAGGGGUGGCAGCAUCAUGCUGUGGGGGUGCUUUGCUGCAGGAGGGACUGGUGCACUUCACAAAAUAGAUGGCAUCAUGAGGAAGGAAAAUGUUGUGGAUAUAUUGAAGCAACAUCUCCAGACAUCAGUCAGGAAGUUAAAGCUUGGUCACAAAUGGGUCUUCCAAAUGGACAAUGACCCAAAGCAUACUUCCAAAGUUGUGGCAAAAUGGCUUAAGGACAACAAAGUCAAGGUAUUGGAGUGGCCAUCACAAAGCCCUGACCUCAAUCCUAUAGAAAAUGUGUGGGCAGAACUGAAAAAGCGUGUGUAGCAAGGAGGCCUACAAACCUGACUCAGUUACACCAGCUCUGUCAGGAGAAAGGAAAUUCACCCAACUUAUUGUGGGAAGCUUGUGGAAGGCUACCUGAAAUGUUUGACACAAGUUUGAAAGGCAAUUGAAUUGAAAGGCAAUGGUACCAAAUACUAAUUGAGUGAUGUAAACUUCUGACCCACUGGGAAUGUGAUGAAAUAAAUAAAAGCUGAAAUAAAUCAUUCUCUCUACUAUUAUUCUGACAUUUCACAUUCUUAAAAUAUAGUGGUGAAUCCUAACUGACCGAAAACAGGGAAUUAUUACUAGGAUUAAAUGUCAGGAAUUGUGAAAAACAGAGUUUUUAAAUGAAUUUGGCUAAGGUGUAUGUAAACUUCCGACAUCAACUGUAUGUUAGCACAGCUGAAAACUGUUGUGCUGAUUUAAAGAAGCAAUAAAACUGGCCUUCUUGAGACUAGUUGAGUAUCUGGAGCAUCAGAAAUUGUGGCUUCGAUUACAGGCUCAAAAUGGCCAGAAACAAAUAACUUUCUUCUGAAUCUCGUCAGUCUAUUCUUGUUCUGAGAAAUGAAGGCUAUUUAUUCCAUGCGAGAAAUUGACUAGAAACUGAAGAUCUCGUACAACGCUGUGUACUGAAAAUGUAUGCACUCACUAACUGUAAGUCGCUCUGGAUAAGAGCGUCUGCUAAAUGACUAAAAAAAUAUAUACAGUGGGGAGAACAAGUAUUUGAUACACUGCCGAUUUUUAUCAUAGGUACACUUCAACUGUGAGAGACGGAAUCUAAAACAAAAAUCCAGAAAAUCACAUUGUAUGAUUUUUAAGUAAUUAAUUUGCAUUUUAUUGCAUGACAUAAGUAUUUGAUACAUCAGAAAAGCAGAACUCAAUAUUUGGUACAGAAACCUUUGUUUGCAAUUACAGAGAUCAUACGUUUCCACGAGGUGAGAUCUUGCAUGGAGCCCCAGACCGAGGGUGAUUGACCGUCAUCCUGAACUUCUUCCAUUUUCUAAUAAUUGCGCCAACAGUUGUUGCCUUCUCACCAAGCUGCUUGCCUAUUGUCCUGUAGCCCAUCCCAGCCUUGUGCAGGUCUACAAUUUGAUCCCUGAUGUCCUUACACAGCUCUCUGGUCUUGGCCAUUGUGGAGAGGUUGGAGUCUGUUUGAUUGAGUGUGUGGACAGGUGUCUUUUAUACAGGUAACGAGUUCAAACAGGUGCAGUUUAAUACAGGUAAUGAGUGGAGAACAGGAGGGCUUCUUAAAGAAAAACUAACAGGUCUGUGAGAGCCGGAAUUCUUACUGGUUGGUAGGUGAUCAAAUACUUAUGUCAUGCAAUAAAAUGCAAAUUAAUUACUUAAAAAUCAUACAAUGUGAUUUUCUGGAUUUUUGUUUUAGAUUCCGUCUCUCACAGUUGAAGUGUACCUAUGAUAAAAAUUACAGACCUCUACAUGCUUUGUAAGUAGGAAAACCUGCAAAAUUGGCAGUGUAUCAAAUACUUAUUUUUUAUUGGUAAAUUGGUAAAUUUACAAACAUAAAUCAUGAUAAAUAGAUUUGAAACUUGUAUCUCAUUAUGGUAUAUGGUGAAAUAAGUAUACCCAGUUUUAAUUGUAAUGGCUUAGCAGAUAAUAACAAAAGAAGAACAAUAUUUACAUGGCUCAAAGAGAAGGAAUAUAAUAUCUAUUGUUUACAGGAAACUCAUUCAACAACUCUAGAUGAAGUUGCGUGGAAAAAUAAAUGGGGGUGCGAAAUAUACUUCUCCCAUGGGCAAAGAAACUCAAAAGGGGUGAUGAUAUUAAUUAACAGUAAUUUCGAUCCGAAUGUGCAAAUUGUCCAAACAGAUACGCAAGGUAGAUGGAUUAUUUUAAAUAUGUUAUUGGACCAUAAACAGAUAUGGCUCAUUAACCUUUACGGACCAAAUAAUGAUGAUCCACACUUCUUUGACAAUAUAUAUAAUAAAUGAUCAACUCUUCAAGCAAUUCAAGACUCUAAUAUUAUGGUGGGAGAUUAUAAUACCGUUUUUAAUAGCUCAAUGGACCGUAAAGGAAAUCACACUACAAUCAAUCACCCUCAUGCUCUUAAAAUCGUGAAUGUCAUGGAUACAUUAGAACUAGUAGAUAUAUGGAGGCUUAAAUAUCCUGAUCUAGUGAGAUAUACAUGGCGGAAGACUCAAUCAAGCUAGUCGUCUUGACUUCUUUCUUAUGUCAUUCUCGUUGGCACCAAAAGUUUAAAAAGUGUUGAUAGGGGACAGAAUGCGGUCAGACCAUCAUAUAAUUGGCAUAUACAUUACUCUUACUGAAUUUCCAUGUGGGCAAGGAUAUUGGAAAUUUAAUCAAAGCCUAUUGGAUGAUAACUUGUUUUUAACUAGAACAGAGGAAUUUAUAACUGAUAUUUUCCGACAUAACAUAGGUACAGCAAAUCCCCUUAUUGUGUGGGACACCUUUAAAUGUGCCUUUUAGUGGCCAUGCAAUUCAGGACUCAUCUUGAAAAGAAAAGCAAUUUAGGUCAAGUCCAUACUAACAAAGGAAAUAGAAGGUCUAACAGAAUAUAUAGAUAGCAAUAAAAACUGUAACAUAGAGACUCAGAAUAAUUUAGAGGACAAACAAAAAGAAAUUGAGAAAUUUAUUCAAGAAAGAUCAAGUGUAAUAUAUUAUAAAAAUAAAACAAACUGGAUGGAAUAUGGGGAACAAUGCACCAAAUUAUUUUUUAAUCUUCAACAUAGGAAUGCUACCAAAAAUAAUUUACUGAAACUGGUUACAAAUGACGGAGUCACCCAUGAUUCACCAAAUGAUAUUUUGAAGGAGGAAACAAAGUACUUUAAGCAUAUGUUUUCGUUUCAGUCGCCUCCAUCUCCUCUAACUGAAGCUAAUUGUAGAGAUUCUACGACUGUAAGUCGCUUUGGAUAAAAGCGUCUGCUAAAUGGCAUAUUAUUAUUUAUUAUUAUUAUUCUAUUGAUAAUGUAAAAUUAACAGCCAUACAGAAAGACUCAUGUGAAGGUGAAAUUACAGAGGAGGAACUUCUGGAUGCAAUUAAAGACUUUAUGUCCGGGAAAACUACAGGGUUGGAUGGCAUACCAGUCGAGGUAUACCAAACCUUUUUUUGAUAUACUCAGAGGAUCGUUAUUAGCAUGUUUUAACCACUCCUAUGUAAAUGGUAGAUUAUCAGACACUCAAGAAGAAGGUCUGAUUUCAUUAUUACUGAAACAGGAUACAAGUGGAAAAUAUAAAGAUCCAGUCCAUUAAAAAAAUUGGAGGCCCCUUACACUUCAGUGUUGUGAUGCAAAAAUUCUAGCAAAAUGUAUAGCGCAUAGAAUUAAAAAGGUAUUGUCGGACAUUAUUCGAUCUAAUCUGACAGGUUUUUUACAUGGAUGAUACAUUGUAGAUAAUAUAAGGCAAGUACUGGAAACAAUAGAACACUAUGAAAAAUCUGGGAAACCAGGCCUGCUAUUCAUAGCAGACUUCGAAAAGGCAUUUGAUAAAAUACGACUGGGUUUAUAUAUAAAUGCCUGGAGCAUUUCAAUUUUGGAGAAUCUCUUAUAAAAUGGGUUAAAAUCAUGUAUAGUAACCCUAGGUGUAAAAUAGUAAAUAAUGGCUAUUUCUCAGAAAGUUUUAAACUGUCAAGAGGAGUGAAACAAGGUUGUCCACUAUCGGCAUAUCUAUUUAUUAUGGCCAUCGAGAUGUUAGCUAUUAAAAUCAGAUCCAACAAUAAUAGUAAGGAUUAGAAAUCCAGGGCUUAAAAACAAAGGUGUCAUUGUACGCUGAUGAUUCAUGUUUUCUUUUAAAUCCACAACUUUAAUCCCUCCACAGCCUCAUAGAGGAUUUAUAUACAUUUUCUAACCUCUCUGGAUUACAACCAAAUUAUGAUAAAUGUACUAUAUUACUUAUUGGAUCACAAAAAAUACAAUUUUACAUGACCAUGUAGUUUACCAAUAAAAUGGUCUGAUGGUGAUGUGGAUAUACUCGGAAUACAUAUCCCAAAUGAAAUAAGUGAUCUCACUCCAAUACAGUUUAAUAGAAAGUUAGCAAAAAUAGAUAAGAUCUUGCUACCAUGGAAAGGUAAAUACCUGUCAAUUUGUGGAAAAAUCACCUUGAUUAACUCUUUAGUAUUAUCCCAGUUUACCUAUUUGCUUAUGGUCUUGCCUACGCCUAGCGAACAGUUGUUUAAAUUAUAUGAGAAAAAAAUAUUCCAUUUUAUUUGGAACGGCAAGCCAGACAAAAUGAAACAGGCCUAUUUAUAUAAUGAAUAUGAAUUCGGAGGACAGAAGUUAUUAAAUAUUAAAGCAUUAGACCUAUCACUAAAAGCUUCAGUAAUACAAAAGUUAUACUUAAAUCCGAACUGGUUCUCUAGCAAAUUAGUAAGAUUGUCUCACCCAAUGUUCAAUAAUGUCCUUUUUCCCUUUAUUCAGAUUACAACCUCUCACUUUCAGUUAUUUGAAAAGGAAAUAAUCUCCCAAAUAUCACUAUUUCUAAAACAAGCCAUAGAAAGUUGGUUGCAAUUUCAAUUUAAUCCUCCAGAAACGACAGAACGAAUAAUGCAUCAAAUAUUGUGGUUAAACUCCAAUAUACUAAAUCAUAAAAAAAAAAUUGGGGGUUGGACAAAAUGUUUUUUAAAAUGUAUAAUCUUCGGAAAUGAUAUCAUCGGUAGGACUGGUGGAGUUAUGUUGCACAUGCAGCUAACAAAAACAUAUGGAAAUGUCUGCUCUACCCAAAAUUACAACCAAAUAAUUGCAGCAUUACCGCAAAAAUGGAAGAGGAAAGCUGAAGGGGGAAUAAGUAAGGAACUUGUCUGUCGGCCUUGCAUUAAAGAACAUAAUUGGUUAAAGAAAACUGUGAUAAAUAAAAAAGUAUACCAGUUACAUUUAAGGACCAAAGGAUUGACAGCCGUCCCAUAUAGAUUGCAAAAUAGUUGGGAAGAGAUUUUUGACGUACCGAUCCCAUAGCAUAGUGUUUAUGAACUGAUACACAAAAUGACGCCGGAUUCAAAACUUAUAAUUUUUCUAUUUAAAUGAUUAUAUCAAAUUCUUGCUACCAAUAGAAUGUUAUUUAUAUGGGGGAUACAAUCAUCCCAGCUCUGCAGAUUUUGCUGCGCAGAGACAGAAUCAUUAGAUAAUUUGUUUUGGUACUGUCCAUUUGUAGCUUGUUUUUGGACACAGGUCCAGGAAUGGCUAAAGGAUUGCAAGAUUUACCUGGAGCUAACCCUGCACAUAGCAUUACUGGGUGAUCUGAAAAGUCAUAGUCAAUUGAUCAAUAAUAUAAUAAUACUUUUAGCAAAAAUGUUUAUUUUCAAUUUACAAUCUGUAGAAACAAUGAGAAUAGAAAGGUUCAGAACUUUUGUAAAAUAUCACAGUACAGUUGAAAAAUAUAUGGCAAAUAGAAAUCCAAUAUGGAUGGUGUUAAUAGAUAGAUGGGUGGUGUUGAAUGGAGUUGAAGGAUUGGACUAAUAACAACUAACAACAACUAAUAACAACAAGAUAACUAAUGUAAAGCAUACUGUGUCCAUAAUAAUAAUAAUAUGCCAUUUAGCAGACGCUUUUAUCCAAAGCGACUUACAGUCAUGCGUGCAUAAUUUUUUUUGUGUAUGGGUGGUCCCGGGGAUAGAACCCACUACCCUGGCGUUACAAGCGCCGUGCUCUACCAGCUGAGCUACAGAAGACCACGUAUAUAGGUUAUAGGUUGAGAGCUUUUGUGAAAGAGCACAAUUAGAAAUAUAUGGCAUAUAGAAGCAAACCGGAUGGACAUCAUGAAAAUGAUCAGAGAGGUUGAGGAUAGAGGAAGUUCAGGAGUAAAAACAAACAAAGUAGAAUUAUUGUAAAAUUGACUGUGUCCAUAAAAUAUAUACACUGCUCAAAAAAAUAAAGGGAACACUUAAACAACACAAUGUAACUCCAAGUUAAUCACACUUCUGUGAAAUCAAACUGUCCACUUAGGAAGCAACACUGAUUGACAAUAAAUGUCACAUGCUGUUGUGCAAAUGGAAUAGACAACAGGUGGAAAUUAUAGGCAAUUAGCAAGACACCCCCAAUAAAGAAGUGGUUCUGCAGGUGGUGACCACAGACCACUUCUCAGUUCCUAUGCUUCCUGACUGAUGUUUUGGUCACUUUUGAAUGCUGGCGGUGCUUUCACUCUAGUGGUAGCAUGAGACGGAGUCUACAACCCACACAAGUGGCUCAGGUAGUGCAGCUCAUCCAGGAUGGCACAUCAAUGCGAGCUGUGGCAAGAAGGUUUGCUGUGUCUGUCAGCGUAGUGUCCAGAGCAUGGAGGCCCUACCAGGAGACAGGCCAGUACAUCAGGAGACGUGGAGGAGGCCGUAGGAGGGCAACAACCCAGCAGGACCGCUACCUCCACCUUUGUGCAAGGAGGAGCAGGAGGAGCACUGCCAGAGCCCUGCAAAAUGACCUCCAGCAGGCCACAAAUGUGCAUGUGUCUGCUCAAACGGUCAGAAACAGACUCCAUGAGGGUGGUAUGAGGGCCCGACGUCCACAGGUGAGGUUGUGCUUACAGCCCAACACCGUGCAGGACGUUUGGCAUUUGCCAGAGAACACCAAGAUUGGCAAAUUCGCCACUGGCGCCCUGUGCUCUUCACAGAUGAAAGCAGGUUCACACUGAGCACAUGUGACAGACGUGACAGAGUCUGGAGACGCCGUGGAGAACGUUCUGCUGCCUGCAACAUCCUCCAGCAUGACCGGGUUUGGCGGUGGGUCAGUCAUGGUGUGGGGUGGCAUUUCUUUGGGGGGCCGCACAGCCCUCCAUGUGCUCACCAGAGGUAGCCUGACUGCCAUUAGGUACCGAGAUGAGAUCCUCAGACCCCUUGUGAGACCAUAUGCUGGUGCGGUUGGCCCUGGGUUCCUCCUAAUGCAAGACAAUGCUAGACCUCAUGUGGCUGGAGUGUGUCAGCAGUUCCUGCAAGAGGAAGGCAUUGAUGCUAUGGACUGGCCCGCCCGUUCCCCAGACCUGAAUCCAAUUGAGCACAUCUGGGACAUCAUAUCUCGCUCCAUCCACCAACGCCACGUUGCACCACAGACUGUCCAGGAGUUGGCGGAUGCUUUAGUCCAGGUCUGGGAGGAGAUCCCUCAGGAGACCAUCCGCCACCUCAUCAGGAGCAUGCCCAGGCGUUGUAGGGAGGUCAUACAGGCACGUGGAGGCCACACACACUACUGAGCCUCAUUUUGACUGUUUUAAGGACAUUACAUCAAAGUGGAUCAGCUGUAGUGUGUUUUCACACUUUAAUUUUGAGGGUUGACUCCAAAUCCAGACCUCCAUGGGUGAUACAUUUGAUGUCCAUUGAUAAUUUUUGUUGAUUUGUGUGUCACGCACAUUCAACUAUGUAAAGAAAAAAGUAUUUCAUAAGAUUAUUUCAUUUCAUUUCAGAUUCAAGAAUGUGUUAUUUUAGUGUUCCCUUUAUUUUUGAGCAGUGUGUGUGUGUGUGUGUAUAUAUAUAUAUAUAUAUUUAUAUAUAUAUAAUAAUAUAUAUAUAUAAUAUAUAUAUAUAGUGUGUUAUAUAUUAUAUAUGUAUAGUAUGUAUAAGCUGGAAGUAGAGGCUAACAUUGUUGUUCACUAGUUUACUCCAAUUAUGAAUGGUGGUGGGUUGGAAGUAUAAAGGAAUAUAUAUUUUUAAAUAUGGAUUGUGUAUAUAUCUAUAUAUAUAUAUAUAUAUUAUAUAUAUCUAUAUAUCUAUAUCUUAUCUAUUUGUGUGUGUGUAUCUAUCUGUGUGUGUCUAUGUAAAAAACCAUAUGGGGGAUUUGCACGUGAUGCAGCACAAUUCUUGAUUGACGUUACAUUUAUCUGCAGACUGUCCCAGGCGUUGUAACUUCAAUCAUGUAUUGUCUGCCUCACUUCAAAUCCCCCUCGCUUUAACUAUUGCAGAUAAAUUGUAACUUCCAAUCAAUGUAAUUGUCUGCAUCACUUCAAAUCCCCCAUAUGUUUUUUACAUACCACACACUAUCCUAUAUACAUAUAUAUAUAUAUAUAUAUAUUAUUAUCACCACACCACACCACACCACACACACACACACCCACACACACACCACACACACCCACACACACACACACACCACAUACAUACAUACAUACAUACAUACAUACAUACAUACAUACAUACAAUACAUACAUACAUAUAUAUAUAUAUAUAUAUAUAUAUAUAUAUAUAUAUAUAUAUAUAUAUAUAUAAUAAAGUAAUAAAGGGAAAUAUUAUUUUUAAAGGAUAUGUGUGUGUGUGUGUAUAUAUAUAUAUAUAUGUAUGUGUGUGUUGUGUGUGUGGGCAUAUAUAUAUCUAUAUAUAUAUUAUAUAUAUUAUAUAUGUGUGUAUAUGUAAAAAACAUAUGGGGGAUUUGAAGUGAUGCAGACAAUUACAUUGAUUGAAGUUACAAUUUAUCUGCAAUAUUAAAGCUGAUCUAUCCCCCCCCCCCCCAAAAAAAAAAAAAAAAAUCCUCAGACAGGUGAGACAGAGCUUCAAGCUGAACCUCAGACUGGUGAGACAGAGCUUCUAGCUGAACCUCAGACAGGUGAGACAGAGCUUCUAGCUGAAACUCAGACUGGUGAGACAGAGCUUCUAGCUGAACCUCAGACAGGUGAGACAGAGCUUCUAGCUGAACUCAGACAGGUGAGACAGAGCUUCUAGCUGCGACUGAGACAGAGCUUCAAGCUGAAACUCAGACAGGUGUCAGACCUUCUAACUAAAACUCAGACAGAUGAGACAGUUUUAAUCACUUAAUAUCUGACAUCAUCCUAUAUUUAUAUUAAUUGUACCACACUGAAACCAAAACUCAUUUUUCCUGGCUUUCAUUGUUGUGCUAUUAAUAAUAUAUCUGAACAUACCUUUUAGUGUUAAUUUAUGUCAACCCAACAUGAAUUGUGAGAAGGCUAUUUUUUAUUUUCUUUGACAAUGUAACUGCUAGUUAAAGUGGUCACCUAUUGUCUUGAGCCUGUAUGGAACUCCAUUUCCCUCCUCCUUCCCAGACAGAGCGGAAGAGAAACAACACCAAUCCAAUGCUUUUAGAUCCAUGACAGGAAGGGUGUAUGUGACUCUUUACCCUGCUCCCUCCAGAUGGGAUGAAACAGGUUACUGAUUGUCUCCACCCUGUACAUGACUCCUUUCCCACCUUCCCAGAUGGAGCGUAAGAGGAACAAGGACACCCUGUACGAGGUGCUAAGCCUGGAGAGUGAGUUAGAGAGGGAGAGGAAGAAGACGACAGCCAGCCCCAACAUCCUGCAGUCUUCCUCUCAAGGAUCCAUGGUGUCAUCGCCCCCCGAGGAUGACGAGGAGGAAGGUGACUGACUGAGCUACCAUACAUUUAUUACAUUUAUUUUUACCAAAAAGUCCCAUUGAGGCCAGAAGAGCUCUUUCCCAUUACAUUGACAUUUUAGUCAUUUAGCAGACGCUGUCAUCCAGUGCAUUCAACUAAAGUAGGUAAAUCAAUCACAUAUCACAAUAAUUGCAAGUAAACCCUGCGGUCUGCAAGUCAGUACUAGUAAGAGUUCAUCCUGCAAUCUGCCUCCCACUGCUCUAUGGUGCCAUCACCACGUGACGAUGACGAGGAGGAAGGUGACCGUCUGAACAACCCUCUCAACCUGCCCUUCUAUGCGGUCUUUAUAAUCCAACCCAAGCAAUCCAACAUUCAACAGUACAUUUACAUUUGAGUCAUUUAGCAGAGCGAUUUGCAAUCUAAAAGUAGCUAAAACAACCACAUAUCACAAUCAUUGUAAGUGAAACUUUUUUCAAAAUAGCCUCUUUCUGCUAAAGCAGUGCUAGUAAGAGUACCUUCUUGCCUUCCAGUCUCUGUAGCUCUCUCCCAAUUCAACCCCUAGCCUCUACCCCCUAGCCUCCACCCCUAGCCUCCACCCCUAGCCUCUACCCCCUAGCCUCCACCCCUAGCCUCUACCCCCGGACUCUACCCCCUAGCCUCUACCCCUAGCCUCUACCCCCUAGCCUCAACCCCUAGCCUCCACCCCUGGACUCUACCCCCUAGGCACUUGUUGAGUUCUGAGAGGAUUAGACAGGUGUAUGCAGUAAGGCAGAAAUUCCGCCUAGUCAAGCCUCUCAAAUCCAGAAAGCUGAACUUAAAAAAAUAAAUACAGAUUUCCAUUUUCCAUUACAAAACAUUUUGCUAUGAUGUGCACUACUGAACACGCCCUGUCUGUUUGGGGAUUGGGUGGUAGUCUCCCUUUCUGUUUGGGGAUUGGGUGGUAGUCGGUCCUUGUCUGUUUGGGGAUUGGGUGGUAGUCUCCCUGUCUGUUUGGGGAUUGGGUGGUAGUCUCCCUGUCUGUUUGGGGAUUGGGUGGUAGUCGCCCUGUCUGUUUGGGGAUUGGGUGGUAGUCUCCCUGUCUGUUUGGGGAUUGGGUGGUAGUCUCCCUGUCUGUUUAGGGAUUGGGUGGUAGUCUCCCUGUCUGUUUGGGGAUUGGGUGGUAGUCGCCCUGUCUGUUUGGGGAUUGGGUGGUAGUCUCCCUGUCUGUUUGGGGAUUGGGUGGUAGUCGCCCUGUCUGUUUGGGGAUUGGGUGGUAGUCUCCCUGUCUGUUUGGGGAUUGGGUGGUAGUCUCUCCCUGUCUGUUUGGGGAUUGGGUGGUAGUCUCUCCCUGUCUGUUUGGGGAUUGGGUGGUAGUCGGUCCCUGUCUGUUUGGGGAUUGGGUGGUAUUCGGUCCCUGUCUGUUUGGGGAUUGGGUGGUAGUCUCCAUGUCUGUUUGGGGAUUGGGUGGUAGUCGGUCCCUGUCUGUUUGGGGAUUGGGUGGUAGUCUCCCUGUCUGUUUGGGGAUUGGGUGGUAGUCUCCCUGUCUGUUUGGGGAUUGGGUGGUAGUCGGUCCCUGUCUGUUUGGGGAUUGGGUGGUAGUCUCCAUGUCUGUUUGGGGAUUGGGUGGUAGUCGGUCCCUGUCUGUUUGGGGAUUGGGUGGUAGUCUCCCUGUCUGUUUGGGGAUUGGGUGGUAGUCUCCCUGUCUGUUUGGGGAUUGGGUGGUAGUCUCCCUGUCUGUUUGGGGAUUGGGUGGUAGUCUCCCUGUCUGUUUGUGGAUUGGGUGGUAGUCUCCCUGUCUGUUUGGGGAUUGGGUGGUAGUCGCCCUGUCUGUUUGGGGAUUGGGUGGUAGUCUCCCUGUCUGUUUGGGGAUUGGGUGGUAGUCUCCAUGUCUGUUUGGGGAUUGGGUGGUAGUCGCUACCUGUCUGUUUGGGGAUUGGGUGGUAGUCUCUCCCUGUCUGUUUGGGGAUUGGGUGGUAGUCUCCCUGUCUGUUUGGGGAUUGGGUGGUAGUCUCCCUGUCUGUUUGGGGAUUGGGUGGUAGUCUCCCUGUCUGUUUGGGGAUUGGGUGGUAGUCUCCCUGUCUGUUUGGGGAUUGGGUGGUAGUCUCCCUGUCUGUUUGGGGAUUGGGUGGUAGUCUCCCUGUCUGUUUGGGGAUUGGGUGGUAGUCUCCAUGUCUGUUUGGGGAUUGGGUGCAGAAUAUGUGAGUGGAGCGAGUAGCGGAGCGUGCUCAAUUUGACUGGAACGCGAUUCCUAAAGGCUGGAGCGUCGGCCUUCUCGCCCGCUCCAAUUUCGCUCCAGUAGCGCUCACUUCACGAGCUCAGGGCAUGCCCGGCCCAGCAUGCAUUUGUAGUCUACUUGUUUGCUGCCAUAGCCCCUUGCUUUAGCUACUGUCAUGGAGUUUGCUAAAUAUUUUCAUAAAGAAACUGAUAAAACACACAGGUGAAAAAUCAAGGUGACUUACAAAGAUGAGGACCAAGAGCAAGAGAGGGAGUGCGGUGAUGUAGUGUCCACAACUAAAGAAUCAUUGUGGAAUCUGAAAAGACACGUAUCCUGAAAGCAUGAUGGUGUACUUACUACAUGCACAUGCUAAAAGAAAGGAACGAGGUGGGUAGAUAACUAAGUGGGUCAUUGUAGCAAAGUAUUUAUGAACUAAAAAUCAGAUCUCUUAAAAGUUUCGUUAAUUUUUAUUCUAUUAUCUAUACAAUAGGCCAUCAUUGAUUUUGGCCCAAUAGGCCUGGCAUAUUCCCACUUUCAAGGAGCUUUCCGUUUUGAUUGGGCUAUUUUGCCUAAAAACCUUUAGGCCUACCUAUAUAAAAAAAUACAAUAAAUAAACUCUGCAUCUCUGUCCAGCCUGGCAAGAGUGGCCCGAAGGGUGUUUAGCAUCCACAGUGGCUCUGCAAGCGCGGAGAGGAUAUUCUCCGCUGAAGACCUGCUCUCCAGGCACCAUCACAUGAACCUGAAGCCACAGACUCUGGCCAAACUGGUGUUUCUAAAAAUGAAUGCAAAGGCUCUGUAGACUGAGCCUAAUCAGGCAUUUUUUGUUUCAUUUGUAUUUCAUUCUAAAUAAGUCACAGCAUAUAUGAGCAAAUUAUUGACUAUAAUGAUUUAGUACAACAAAAUGUUGUUUAAAUGCUGAGUGUUUUAUGUUCCUACCAGCCUGGUGUCGCACUCCCAAAUGCUUCACAAUGUAUUUCUUUGUUGUCUAUAGCCUUGAAAUAAUUGAAAUAAUAUAGCCUAAAUAAUUAAUUGUCAUUCCUUCUUAGGCUCCCUGUCUGACUCCUGACCUAUUUAGUGUUUAUAUGCUGUUUAAUAUGACAUGUAGCCUAUUUGAAAUGAUGAGCGCUUCUUACAUUCACCUUUUCAUGUUUAUUAAAAUACUUUUAAUUCAAAUCCAUAUGGUUUGGUUUCAAUACUUCAAAACCAAAUGGAGGUCCAGGUAGUCACAAAAAUAGAUGGGUGUUGGUUAAAUUGUGAUUUUAAUGAAUGGAGCGAAUUCGGAGCAGCAGUUUUGUUUUCCUCUGAGCGCGGAGCGGUUUUCAGCAGAGCGGUUGGAAAGGAUGUGGAGCGCAGAGCGGUGCUCCAUGAGCGGGAUUUCCGACCGCUCAACUCCGCUCUCAUGCUCUGAUUGGCUGGUAGUCUCUCCCGGGCUGUUUGGGGAUUGGGUGGUAAGACUCUGCCUGUCUGUUUGGGGAUUGGAUGGUAGUCUCUCCCUGUCUGUUUGGGGAUUGGAUGGUAGUCUCUCCAUGUCUGUUUGGGGAUUGGGUGGUAGUCUCUCCCUGUCUGUUUGGGGAUUGGGUGGUAGUCUCCCUGUCUGUUUGGGGAUUGGGUGGUAUUCUCUCCCCAACUGUUUGGGGAUUGGAUGGUAGUCUCCCUGUCUGUUUGGGGAUUGGAUGGUAGUCUCUCCCGUCUGUUGUGUGGUAGUCUCCUGUCUGUUUGGGGAUUGGAUGGUAGUCUCUCCCUGUCUGUUUGGGGAUUGGGUGGUAGUCUCCCUGUCUGUUUGGGGAUUGGGUAGUAUUCUCUCCCCAACUGUUUGGGGAUUGGGUGAUAGUCCCUCCCUGACUGUUUGGGGAUUGGGUGGUAUUCUCUCCCUGACUGUUUGGUGAUUGGGUGGUAGACUCUCCCUGACUGUUUGGGGAUUGGCUAGUAGUCUCUCUCUUUCUGUUGUGUCUUAUUAUACUCCCUGUACAGUAUGUACUUUGCUAGUCAUGAUCUAUGACAGCUAGGUCUAUUUGUCUGUCUCAGUGACAGUGCCCCCCCACUGUGUUUGUCUCCUGUCUAGCCAGCCUGUUAUCUACCCUAGUCUCUCUCUGCAUGACUGUUGGUGUAAGUCGCUAUACAUACAGCAUGUUUAUUUACUCUAGCCCAGGCUCAACUAUGUUGAUAUGUCAACCCUUUGUCUCUGUGUGCAUCUGAAAUGACACCCUAUUCACUAUAUAGUGCACUACUUUUGACCAGAGCCUGAUGGGAAUAGGCUGCCACUUGGGACUCACUCUCAGUCUUUGUCUCUGGAGCAGAGCAUAAAGAUGAAUUUAUUUUGCAAGAUGGACAAUAAAGUUGUGUUAAAUUUUAUUCUGUCAGACAAUGACGAGCCAUUGCUGAGUGGCUCAGGAGACGUGUCAAAGGAGUGUGCUGAGAAGAUCCUGGAGACCUGGGGAGACCUGCUGUCCAAAUGGUGAGUGACAGACAAGUCUGUUUGUAUCUGGAAUGUGAUGACAUACCUUGCCUUCAUGUAAAUCAUAGCACCACCCACUGGGGACAAACUGGUUGAAUCAAUGUUGUUUCCAUGUCAUUUCAACAUAAAACAUUUUAUGUGAUGAUGUUGAGUCAACGUGGAAAACUGAUUGGAUUUGCAAAAAGUCAUCAAUGUAAGGGAAUUUAGUGUUUUUUUCACCCAACUUUUAACCUAAAUCCAAUGACAUGGUUCAAUAAUUUUUUUAUUUCACUUUGAAUUCAGGUAAGUUGACAACUCAAUCAAAUACCAAUCCAAACUAGAUGUAGAACUGACGUCUGUGUCCAGUGGGCAGUGUAUUUUGCACUUCUCAUCUUCAUUUAGCUCCACAUUCAAAGUGGUGUUAAAGAAAAAAUUAACCAUAAAAUAACAGAGAAUUAGACCACCUGCUGUACCAGUCUGGUAAAUAAUAACCAAAAGCACCACCAGGUAGCAGGCUCUUUCCCAAUGAAUAUAUCUGUACAGAGAAAGUAGCUACCAGAGCUGGCGUUUAGUUAGUGUGCCUUACCAUCAUGGUAAGAUAGCGCCAUACUGACUGGCUGCCGUUUUGCAAGCUCCGACACAACUUUGCUAUUUUGUGAUUCUUUUGGCGUUCAUCUUGUGUUCUUAUUUUUCUAUCUCGGGUUUUUGUUCUACCUUAUGUUAUUUUUAAUACUACAUUGAUAUUGAUUACUGCAUUGUUGGGUUCAGAGCUUGCAGAAAAGGCAUUUCACUGUACUUGUGCACGUAAUAUUAAAACUUGUAACGAUGCCUGUGGGCCUGUAGAGCUCCCUGCCGACCUGCUGGCCAGGUUGCCAGGAGAAGGAUUGAUGUGGUGGGCUUUUAAUGUUCCUGUCGAUCGGUCAGCAGAGGCAUGUCAGGGAGAGAGAUGAAGGGACUGAAUGUUGAGCAGCACAGUGCUGGGGUGGCCCUCUAG